CUUGAGUUAUACUUGCUGCAUUUAUUGCUUUUCUUUUCUUUGCUCCACAUCUGCCUCCUAGCCGUAAGUACACACUGGGUGCAAAGCCAGCCCCACUGCCGCUUACCAACCUAUUAUUUCCUUCUUUUUGUUGCUUUCAUCUCCUUGUCUCAAGCCUGCUGUCAGGAAGCAAAGUGUACAUAUUGUCACUCAGUUGAUUCCCUAUAGACAGAUAUGAUGUCUUGUUGUAGACUACCACUAGUCUGUAGAGCCACCUACAUGCAUGUCCUACUGUCGGUGGAUUAAAUAUCUAGCCCUGAACAGGGAUUAUCAUAACCUGUCACUGACCGUAAAGAUUGCACAGCAUCAGAUUCAGUAUAAGAACCCUGACAGAUAAGUGAGACUAGCCUGCGAAAGCCUGUAUGUUAUCCACUGUUAAUACUGAGCUCAAUAACUCAGCUAAUAUAACUAAAUGGAAUGAACAUGCUAUGUAUAUGCCUCAAAAAAUUUAAUUUCGCCUGUUAAUCUUGUUUCCGUGCUAACACAUACCAAGCGAGAUCUUUAUCGUUGUCUUAUGCCUGCAUCUUAUUUUACUUAUGUGACUUCUAUUCAGACAAGCACGACUAGCCUGUGUAUUAAUAUACUUAAAAAUUGUGCCACUUUCUCAUGCCAUGUAUGUGCUCUACAUUGUUAUCACUGUUUGCUCGUGGCAUCGUGUACCUCUGUAUUAUCUUGUGCACAGAAAAAAUAAAGAAUUUAAAAAAAAAAUGACUAGAAAAAAAUGCAAAGAUUAUAGUUAGAAAAAAGGUUUAGGUGUGUGUGUGAGAGAAGACACUGUAAUAUCUCUGUGAAUGGCUUUCCAAUAUUACAGUAAACUUGGGGGGAAAAUUUUUUAUUUUUUUUUACCCAAAAUUGGCAGUCAGAUCUCUCCUUGGAUCAAGAAGCUAUUACCUCCCAUAUUAACAAUUUUAUAUCUAAAUAUUAUGUCUUGCAAGUAUUCAUCCAAUUGCUGUUUAAACAUCUGUACAAACUCUGAUAAAACUACCUCCCCAGGAAGAGAACUCCACAUCCCUAUUCUAAUUAGUGUAAAAAAAAACACUUGCAUUCCUUAGACUAAAUCUCCUUUCUUCCAGUCUAAAUGUAUAGUCCUGCCUAUGAAUAGAUUUCAUGACAAUGGUUUGUAUUGGCUCUGAUUUUACGUGUAUAAUGCGAUUAUAUCCCCUCUGAGGCACACUUUUUUUUUUUUUUUUUUAAUAUAUAAAAUAAAUUUAAAAUAUAUAUAUAUAUAUAUAAAUUUUCUUCACAACUAAAAAAUUUUUCCAUUCUUUUUAUUUUGUAUUACACCUCUGCAUUUCUUUCUAGUGUCAUAUCGUUCUUUAGAACAAGUGCCCAAAAUUGCACAUCAUAAUAAAGAUGUGGUUUUACCAAUGAUUUAUAACAAGGCAAAAUUAUAUUUUUAUGCCCCUUUUUAAAAUUAUUUAUUUUUCGUUGUACAUAAGAUAACAAAGCUGCCUGCCAAGCAACGACCGCAAAAACAAGCCUAAUAUUUUGACCGUGCAUAACAUAGGCAUGACAUUGCAAUUACAGCAUAUUUUAGGUGAUAUAAAGAGUUUAGAGAAUUAUGAAAAAUGUGUCAUGAACAGAAGAAUAUAUGCUUUUUGAUCCAAUAACAGUAGAUGUGUACAAAAGUGAAGAAAACAAACUUGUCAGUAGUAGAACUUGAUACUAAUUGCCAGAUACUGCGUUAUUUUUUUUUUAGGAGUGAUAAUGGCAGGCUAGCUUUUGGUUCCUAGAUUAGGUCCACUGAGAGUGGGAAUUAUGCUUUUGCCACCCUGGUCUGAGAUGUGAGGUACGAACAACACAUAGAGAUAUAUGAAGUGCUUUAAAGAGAGCUAGUAGUAGGUGCCCAACUGGUACAGUUAACUCUAUGGCCUCUUCCUUCACAAAAUGGGGCAUAGCACUGGUGAUGCAACCGGAGCUUGGCUCAGCCAAUCCCUUUAAAUAGCAGGAGCAGGGUGCCGUCCGGUGGGCGUUUGUAGUCGGUCCCCUUGAGCGUCAGGAUAGAGGUCUCCUCCAGCCCCAGGCCUGAAUGAGGGCUGGUGUCCUGGGACCACAGACUCUGAGGUGCCAAGUCCUUGCUCUUACUUUUACACAUUACAAUACCUUACUAGUUGUGUAGAAAUAAUUAUAAGCAAAACUGUCUGACUCUUUAGAAUACUUUUUUGACCCUUAUUGCUGCACAACCUUUACCCUGUUUGACUUGACGGUAAUUUAUGCAACUGCAAUGUAACCACUCUAGAACCUGUAUUUGAAUGUUUAUGCUGUGAUAUUUUUGUAUUCUUCCUCAUUCUUUAAAAGAAACCGGUUUAAAACAAAAUUAAUAUGUAAGCCUAGUUGCACUUAGUGACACUCUAAGCACCAAAACAACUUCAGCUUCAUGAAGCUGUUUUAAGUUAUAUAUCUUGUCCCUGCAGUUUAAAAGAAAGUUUAAUUGGCCUUUUCAAUGCCAAUUAUGACCGGUUUAUGCAGCCCUAGCCACACAUCCCCUGGUUGUGACUCACACUGUCUCCAUGUAAAAGUUUUAUUUUCAAUCUGCCCUUACAGCACAGUGUUUACUUUUAGAAGUUCUGUUAACUGAACUUCAUGUGUAAAUCACUCAAAGGCUGUUGCAGAUGCUAGCUGGUUACCACAGCAGGAGGUGCAAAAUUCUAAAUUAAACACUGUACUAAAAACAAAUAGAUUUAAAGUAGAUGUGUAGUGAGUCUGUGUGAGUAAUAGAACUCCUAAAUAGCAGAUAAUUGAGCAGUAAGACUAGAGGCAUGAUCUACACACCAAAACCACUUAAUUAAAGCACAACGGCUGCUUGAAAUAGUUUCUAUAUUAUAUAAUCAUUUCUUAUAAUCCUUCUCUCAAGUUUUAAAAAUAGAGAUAUGAGAUGUCUAUAUCUAGCUAUAAUCUCUUUUUUUCAAAACUUAAAGGGAUUCUCUAGUGCCAGGAAAACAAAGUUGUUUUCCUGGCACUGUAGAAUUCUGGAGUGCCCCUCCUUAACCCACAUUCCGUAAGGGGUUAAAACCCCUUCAGAACUUGCCUGAAUCAGUGCCGAUGUCCCUCGGCGCCGGGUGAGGCUCCGCCCACGGCCCUCCCCUGCCGACGUCAGCCAGUGGGGAAGACCUAAUGUUCAUGUAUGACAACGGCCGUUCUUGCAUUGGGAUUUUCCCAUAGGAAAGCAUUAUUUAAUGCUUUCCUAUGGGGAUUCUGGAAGUCCUCGUGCAUUGCGUGAGGAUGUCCAGCGGUGUUUAGAUGACCAAAAGUCUUCUAAGCACCCAGAAGUCCCUCUAGUGGCUGUCUUGUGUGUAUAUAUGUCUUGUAGACAGCCACUAGAGGAGGACUUAACCCUGCAAGGUAGUUAUUGCAGUUUUGGGACAUUGCACUCAGACCAAUUCAAUGAGCAGAAAAACCCUUUAAUGAAAGAAUGUGACUUGUGAGGUGGCAGUUCUUUUCAGCAGAAGUUGUCUUGUUAACUAUUCUCCUUUUAUAGAGUACAGUAUAUACUCGAGUAUAAGUCUAGUUUUUCAGCACAUUUUUUGUGCUUAAAAACCCCCACUCGACUUAUACUCGAGUCACUGUCUGUAUUAUGGCAACUUAGAGAGCCGCGGCCGUCAGAGCCAUGGCAACGAUCCGCGCGGCAACCAGACCGCGAGACUUACAGUGGAGCUGACCGGAACGGAGGAGAAGGGAGCUGACAGGAGCUGCAGGAAAGGCAAGUAAAUGCUUCCUGGCGGCCCCCCCACUUCACAGCCCAUGCCACUGGACCACCAGGGAUUAAGAUAGCCCCCCUCCCUGACCGGUUAACAAGCAGGGAGGGGGGACAAAAUUUUUUUAAAUAAUAAAAAAAUAUAUUAAAAUUACAAAAAAUUAAAAAUAAUAAAAAUGCCCUCCCCCCACCCAGUUCACACACACUACACAAACACACACUUUGCAUUAUAUACACAGUGUGUGUAUAUAAUGCAGUGUGUGUGUAUAUAAUGUAGAAUGUGUGUUUGUAUGAGUGUGUGUGUGUAUAUAAUGUAGAAUGUGUGUUUGUAUGAGUGUGUAUGUGUAUAUAUAUAUAUGUGUUUGUGAGUGUGUGUGUGUAUAUAUAUAUAUAUAUAUAUAAUGCAGAAAUGUGUGUUUGUAUGAGUGUGUGUGUGUUUGUAUGAGUGUGUGUGUGUGUGUGUAUAUGUAUGUGUGUAUAUAUAUAUAUAUAUAUAUAUAUAUAUAUAUAUAUAUAUAUAUAUAUAUAUAUUGCAGAAUGUGUGUUUGUAUGAGUGUGUGUGUGUGUGUGUGUGUAUAUGUAUGUGUGUAUAUAUAUAUAUAUAUAUAUAUAUAUAUAUAUAUAUAAUGGCGUGUGUUUGUAUGAGUGUGUGUGUGUGUGUAUAUAUAUAUAUAUAUAUAUAUAUAUAUAUAUAUAAUGCAGAUGUGUGUUUGUAUGAGUGUGUGUAUAUAAUGCAGAGUGUGUGUUUGUAUGAGUGUGUGUAUAUAAUGCAGAGUGUGUUUGUAUGAGUGUGUGUAUAUAAUGCAGAGUGUGUUUGUAUGAGUGUGUGUGUAUAUAUAAUGCAGAAUGUGUGUUUGUAUGAGUGUGUGUAUAUAUAAUGCAGUGUGUGUUUAUAUGAGUGUGCGUGUAUAUAAUUAUAAAAAUCACAGAAUUUCAUAGCCCCAAGUUUUACCCUCGACUUAUCCACGAGGCAUAGCAUAUUUCACAAUUGUUGGUCACAAAACUGCACUCGACUUAUACAUGAGAUCGACUUAUACACGAGUAUAUACGGUACAUAUCAAAUUACACUGGAAGAAACGCAUAGCAAAAAUGCAUCAUUAAGCUAAAUUGUAACUGGGCCAGUAAGAAUUUAGAUUAUACUUGAGUGUCCCUUCUAGGAUCAGUAUGGACCCUUACCAGUUUUUAAUGGGUUGAGACAAUUUUGUUAAAAUGUUGAGAGUUCACUAAGGAAUUUUCGUCUUAACUUUGGGCAAUGUUGCAAUUUGGAGUGUUAAAGUGACACUAUAGUCAUCGGAACAACUUCAGCUUAAUGAGUGUUUACUUAAUACAGUGUUUACAUUGAAAGCUAGGAACCCCUCCAGUUGCAGUCACUCAGAGUGAACCAGAGGGACUUCUGAGUUGAUGGAAGUAUAAUAUGCCUCCAUCCAUGUCUGCUGUGCACGAGCAUCCUGUAAUUCAGUGUCUCCUCCCUCUGCAUGGUGACAUUGAACUUUCCUCAUAGAGAUUCAUUGAUUCAAUUCAUCUCUAUGAGGAGAUGCUGAUUGGCCAGGGCUGUGUUUGAAUCAUGCUGGCUCUGCCCCUGAUCUGCCUCCUUGUCAGUCUCAGCCAAUCCUAUAGGGAAGCACUGUGAUUGGAUCAGGCUAUCACAUGUCAGCAGACUGCUUGUUUUUCCUGAGUCUAACAGCAUGCAGAUUUACAGUUUCUUCCUCUAGUACAGUAAGAUUUUUACUAUAUUUAUGGAGGCAUGAGGGGCCUAGAGAGGCUAGAUGGUCGUGUUAACACUAUAGGGUCAGGAAUACAUGUAGUUGCGCUGGUGACUAUAGUGUCCCUUUAAACCUUACUGGUCAAAAAAAGUAAUUGUCCAUUAAAAAGUGUCACAUGAUUAAAACCUAAGCCUUUAUUGUGUCUAGGGCUUUAGGAGUGAAUUAUAAGGAAACUUUUUUUUUUCUUUCUUUCUUUGUUUAGUAAAAAAAAAUCAAGUGAAAACAAAAUCGAAAUAUUAAGGCUAAAGCAGCAGAGUUAAGAAAACAAAACAAACCCAAAACUCCAACCUUGCUCUAGUAAUAGUUUUCCUAUUUUAUCCUCAAUAUUUCAACUUGGUAUCUAUUUCAAAAUACCAUACUUUAAAAUAAUUGGUUGUUUCUCCAGCAGUUGCUAUGUUUUUGCAUUUAUUUAAAAAAUCCUGAACUGGCAACAAGUACAUAUCACUAUAGAAAUAUAUAUUUUACUAAAGCGGAGUUUGCUCUACUGAAAUAUUCCUACUAGCAAAUGAUCUGACACUCUUGAGUGAUAGUGGUGAAGCAAAAAGAGUACUUGUAUUCUAAAGAUUUGACUAGAGCAGCAUAUUCUCCAGUACUGUACAAUGUGGGCUUUUACAAUAUUUACGAUUUUUCACCUUAAAAUUUAAACCAGUCAAACCUGUACUGUUCACGUCCUUAAAACAUGUGCAAUAGGCUUAAACUUGUUGACGCUUGAAAUAUGAUUACUGGUUUGGUGUGCUCACUAUACUCUGAUUUCAACCACCCUAAGGCUGGUCUUUGCCAUCAUUCUAGAGCAGAUUUCUCCAUUGUUAUUCAAUGUGACAUUUCAGAUCCUGGCAGAACAGUAAAGAUGACUGCUCCACCGGCAUCUGAUGAACUUGUUUUCUAUGUAAAUGGGCAAAAGGUAGGUUUUCAGUUUAAGCUUUAUUUGACAUUGUUUUGCUUUUCUUUUGAAGGGGAGUGUGUAUUUUAUCAUCCCCAACCUUCUUUUUACAAAACGCAGUCAAUUCAGGUUAGAAAAAAAGUAUGUUGUGCCAUUAGUACAGAAUAAAGAAUUUAGCAUUUUUUGACAUUUGUUACUGCUUUAAAAUAAAAAGGUAAUUUUUUUCUAAUGACUAUAGACAGGGGGUAAACAGAAUUACCAUAAACAUUAAAUGAACCAAGAAUGGAAAUUGCAAAAUGUGGUAAAAAUUGAAAACUUUAAAAUGUUAGUUUAGUUGUCCACUGCAUUCCCAUAGUCAACCAAAUUCUUCAAUUUAAGAUCUUUUUAAAUCAAACUGGAAAACCCUCUUAGUGAAACUUUUGACCUGAAACCUUAGCACUGCUGUCAUUGUGUAUUGGUAAAUCCCUGUUGCAAAUGUUGUCUUUUAUCUUCACUUUACUCACUCUUUUCUUAUUAAUGCAGAUCGUAGAAAAAAAUGCAGAUCCUGAAGUUAUGCUCUUGGGUUACCUCAGAAGAAAUUGUAUCCUUUUUUGUCUGUUUUAUGUUUAUAUUUCCAAAGCCAAACCGGUAACUGCUCUCUUUCAUAUAGAUACACUUGGGUGUAACAGAACCAGGAACCAGCACCAAGUCCCUAGAUACAGUUUGCAACAGAGAAGGUUCAGGCACUCAAAGAUAUCAAAAAGACAAAUUAUUUGGAACCCAAAUGUCCAGCAGCAUUUUGACCAAAACUGUCUUUUCCAAGCUUAAAAAGACCAUUUUGGUCAAAAUGUUGCUGCAGUCUUACAUACUUUUUAAACUUUUUCACUUUAUUUUGGCAUCUAUAUUUAUUUAAAUGUGUGUGCUGGUUUAAAAAAAAAAAAGCAGCAUGUCCCGUUGUCUGUCAGAUGGCUGAAAAGGAUAUAAACUCUCCAGGAUUAUAGUAUCAGAAUAAUACUAGAGUGUCCUGACAAUCUGUCUCAAAAUGUCCACUCACCCACUGCACAUUGACAAAAGGAAACGCUUGUCUGGUCUCACUAUCUCUAAGCAGCAUUCCAAAGUUUGUCAUAUAAGAACAUAUCGUGUAUGGUAACAGCAUGUUGAUCCCAGAAGAAAAUCAGUUGGCUAUCUUGGAAUCUUUUUCUCAGACCUAAAACUUGUCUUUUUAUUUUUUUUUUAUUUUUUUCCUGCGGUGGGGUUUGUCUGAAAUGUACAGAUGCAUGUAAUAAAAUGUAAAUGUUUCUUUCCUUAACUUCUUGUUCAGUGCGUCUUACAGGAACAAAAUAUGGAUGUGGAGGAGGUGGCUGUGGUGCCUGCACAGUUAUGGUGUCAACCGUCCAUCCCAUCUCCAAGAAGAUAAUGUAUCCUAUAGAAUAGGAGAAUUAUACGUUAUUGUAAUUGGAAAAUGGAAGCAAAGUAGUGCCAAUGCUAGUAGGCAUGUGCAUGGGAAAAUCUUUCGGUUCGGUUCAGCAUUCCGAAAUUCGGCAACUUCGGCAAUUCGGUAGUUUCAGAACUUUGGGACCCAGCACUUCGGAACUUCGGCAACUUCAGAAUUUCGGAACGUCUCUUGCAGCCGCUUGGUAGAUAACUCCCUAAUUCCCACGGUAUUAGGGAGUUAUCUACCAAAAGGCUGAAAGACCUAAAUUGGUCUUUCAGCCAAAUUUAUAAUACUAAGUAAAAAUUACUUAGUAUUAGUAAAUUGUGCCCCUACUCGCUAUACUGCGAGUAGGGGCAUGUCUAUUUAAAAAAAAAAAAAAAAAUGGGUCCUCCCACCUGCGACGCACGAGUGGGGGCUUUUAAACUAAAAGGGGGGGCUAUUGCCCCCCCGAACCCCACCCCUGAGCGGUGGGUGGGGGCCCUAAAGUAAAAUAAUGGGCCUGAGCGGUGGGUGGGGGACCAAAAUAAAAAAUACCCCCCCGGGUGACUUGGGGUCCCCAAACUCCUAGUAACCCUCCUCCCCAAAAAAAUUAACCCCUACCUACCCCCCCUCACCCUAAAAAUAAUGAGGGGGGACCAUUUAACUAAACCCCUGGAAAAAACAAACAAAAAACUUACCAUUUGAUGUUUUCGUUCUUCUAAAAUCUUCUUUUUUUAGCCCCAAAAAAGGCCAAGUAAAAAGCCAUAAUAACCGACGCACUAAAAAAAAUUCCAUCUUCACCCAGUGAGGGCUCCACGCAGACUGAGCUCUGCAGGGUGGGGGAAGGCUUAGAAGCCUUGCCCCGCCCUGCAAUUUGGCUCAGAGCACUCUGAUUGGUGGGUUUAAGUCAUCCAAUCAGAGUGCUCUGACAGGUAAAUGAAGAGACUGACAGGUAAGUCUCUACAUUUUAGUACAAAAAAGAUUAGGUGUACACUCAGUAUUGGAAAUUAAUGAUAAAAACCACCACUGGUGUGCAUAAGGAGCGCUUACAAAUUUGUUGACUCGCCCAUAUGGGUUAACAUACAUAUGUAUGGAAAACGUGACUCAUAGCGAUAUAUCUGAAACAAAUGUAAAUGCAAGAAAUAGUGCAGAUAACGUUUUCAAUAAGUGCAGUGAGGGAAUAUUCUAUAUGGUCUCACUCACAUGUAACAGAGCCCUAUAGGAUAGGCUCAGAUCUCAAUGGCCUGCGUGUGCUUAUGGUGACACAGUACCCAAUCGGUCCUCUAGGCGUCUGGAGAUCCUUAUGCAUACUUGAGAGAGAGAGCGAGAAAACAAGGGGAAGAGGAGAACCCCUAGUGCGGUCAAUCCCAAUGUACAGUGUCAAAUAGUGCAGAAAAAAUAGCUUCUCACCUGAUGUGGAGCCCUAUACCUGGCUCCUGGUGUGUAGGUGUCUGUGCCUUUAAGGGGGCAACUACCCUUCUUUAAGCAGCAAUAAUGGAGGGUGGAUUCCAAAUAUAAAACAUUUAUUAAAUAAAGUAGUAAAAACUUACAAAUAAAAUAUGAACAAAAUUGUGAGAAAUUAUAAAAUGUGGAAUCUUCAAUCCUCCAGCCGAAACAUGUUUCACUGUACCCAGUUUUUCAUGAACAGCUGUACUGUGUUAGUAAUGAGAAUGCUCCGGUUUCGGAACAAGUCACGUGACACGUCCAAUUUGGGAUGCGGCACGUGAUGCUUCGGGUCACGUGACUUGUUCCGAAACCGGAGCAUUCUCAUGACUAACACAGUAUAGCUGUUCAUGAAAAACUGGGUACAGUGAGUGUAAUUUUGAGGGCGUGUAAUGCCACCUCGUUAUUCUUUUAUAGUUGCUUUCCUGUGUGGUUGUGUUUUUUGAGGAUUUGUGUAUUUGUUUAAAAAAAUUUUUCCAUUUGUCGGGCUGUAUUACUAGGUUUAACUUUUUAUUUUUAUAUUUUUUUUUUUUUUUUUUUUCCCCAAGUGGUAGUGAAGGCCGGCAAUUGUUGUGGCCUUGUGGAUAGAACUUGGGAGUACAUUGUUGAUAUGUGUUUUGUUCUUAUGGAUUGGAGGGAACAGCAUUUUUCAAAGUUAGUCUGUUCACGGCUGCCGUUGAGGGUUAGGGAUUUUGAUUGAAUAAAGUGUGUUAGUUGCCUGUAUUGAUAUGUUUGCAUAGCCGUGGGGUCAGCUAUAAAUGCCUGUAAGGGCUUUGUUACUUUUGCCCGACAGUUGUCAAGGCAUUCUCUAAUGUCAGAUAUGGCGUUGUAUGGAAAGCCUGGAAAGAUUUGCCGUCUACUCCCGGCUGGAAUAGGGGGUUGUGUGUGAGCGGGUAUAGUGGCGAUGGGUAAGGCGACAUCAGAUUAUGCGUGCGUGUGGUCGCCCACAUGCGAAGGGUCGGUGUGAUGGUAGGAUGUGGGUUGUGGAGCAUUAGUACUUGCCCUGAUUUGUGCCAGGGUAUCGUGUAAAUAGGUACUCUGAAAAAGGUGUCUUCUAAGUUCACCCAUUGUUUCCCGGAUUGUGGAAGGGACCAGUCGUAUAUCCUGGAUAGCAGUAUUGCGUUGUGGUAUGUUUCAACAUCGGGCAGACCCAGGCCGCCCCUGUCUUUUGGUUUUGUGAGUAAUGAGUACGAUAUUCGUGGAGGUUUGUGAGCCCAGAUAAAUGUGGUGAGUGUUUUUCGGACUGUAGUGAACCAGGACUUGGGAAUAGUUAUAGGGAGCACUUGUAGUAUGUAUAGUAUUCUGGGUAGGACGUUCAUCUUUAGGAUGUUCGUCCUACAGAACCACCCAAAGUGUGGUUUGUUCCAUGUGGUGAGGUCUUGCGUUAUGGCCCUUGUCAGUUCGGGGAAGUUGUUCUCGAAUAAUUGGGAAAGGUUCCUGGUGAUGUUGAUUCCCAAGUAUUUGAUACUGUGUGUUGCCCAUGUGAAUUGGUGGUCCCUGCGCAGGGCAUCUUUCUCUCGUGAUUCAAUGUGUAUCGGGAGGAUCUCACAUUUGCUAAUGUUGGCUUUAAAAUUGGAAAGUGUACUGUAGGUAGCCAUUUCUGACAUCAGGUGGGGUAUUGAUGCUACCGGAUCUGCCAGGGUGAAAAGCACAUCAUCGGCAAAUGCCGCUAUUUUGUGCUCCUCCGUCCCCGCCCGGAUGCCCUUGAUGUUAGUGUUGUCCCGGAUCCCCUGCAAAAAGGGUUCCAAAACAAGAACAAAGAGGAGCGGGGAGAGGGGGCACCCCUGUCUGGUGCCGUUGGAGAUUACUACCGGGUCAGUGAGUUGUCCAUUUAUACGGACAUUGGCGGUUGGGCAUGAAUAGAUCGCAGAAAUCCAUUUUUGCCAGUGUGGCCCAAAUCCUAAGUGUUUAAGCGUCUGUAGCAUCAGGGUCCAGUCUACUCUGUCAAACGCUUUCUCAGCAUCAAUUGACAGGAGCAGAUUGGGGUGCCCGGCUCGUGUGGCGUGGUGCAUGAGGUUCAAGAUCUUGGUGGUGUUGUGCUUGGCUUCUCUGCCCGGAAUAAAACCGGAUUGGUCUGCGUGUACUAAUCCUGGAAGUAUCGGGCGCAGUCUGUUGGCUAGGAUUUUCGUGAAGAUUUUUAUGUCCGCAUUUAUUAAGGAAAUGGGCCUGUAGCUGCCGCAUUGGGUUAAGUCUUUGCCUGGUUUUGGGAGGAGGGUGAUUGUUGCAUUAAGGGCCUGGGGUGGGAGCUUGUCUGAGUGUAGCAGCGAGUUGAAUGCGUUUACGAAGUGGGGUAUGAGUGUCUUCGCGAAGGUUUUGUAAUAUUUUGCUGUGAACCCGUCUGGCCCUGGGCUUUUCCCAUGUGGUAGAUGUUUUAUUACGUCUGCACAUUCGUCCGUGGAGAUGGGCUGUUCUAAGGAUUCUUUUAUGUUGUUUGGGAGGGAGUGGUGUAUUCUCUUCUCUAGGAACGCCGUUAUGUCCUGUGUCUGGGGGGCCGUAUGUCGGAGGUUGUAUAGGGUUGAGUAAUAGUCGUGGAAGGCCUUUGAUAUGUCAGUCAUUGAAUGCGAGAGUUUCCCUUCUUUAUUGCGUAUUGCCGCUAUGAAUGUGGGUUCUCAUUGUUUUUUUAGGGCAUGGGCUAGGAGUUUUCCACAUUUUCCUCCUUGGGCAUAGUAGAGGCUUUUUGUUUUAUCCAGGGCGUGUUUGGUGCGAGUGUUUAGGAUGGAAUUAAGUUCCGUCCUCUUUUCUAGUAGUCGCGCAUAUGUGGUGAGGGAGGAGUCUUGUUUGUGCGUGUCUUCUAGUGUUCUAAUUUCAUUGGUUAUUUUAGUUGCCUGUGCUUCUGUUUUUUGUUUUUAGACGCCAGUUGGAUGAUCGUUCCCCUAAUGGAGCUUUUGUGAGCUUCCCACACAAUUGGACAUGGAGUUCCGCGUUGUGUGUUUUGGUCAAAGUAGUGAGACAGUCCUUCCCUGAUUUGAGUUUGUAUCUCCGGUUUGUUUAAGAGGAUAUCAUUUAAUUUCCAUUGAGAUCUAUUAGGGUGCAGCAAUGGGAUGGCGAUGGUCAUUGAUAUCGGGGCAUGGUCAGACCAGGUAAUUGUGGCGUACUUGCAUGUGUGGACUAGGUGUAGGAACCGGUGAGGGAUGAGAAACAUGUCAAUUCUAGAAUAAGUGCCUGAUGAAUGAGAGUAAUACGAGUAGUCGCGUUUUGCUGGGUUGGUGAUACGCCAGCUAUCAUAUAAUUGGUGCGAGUCUAGGAGUGCCUGGAUGCGGGUUCUGGAUGAGGCUUGGUAUGUUUGAGCCUGGGAGGUGGUAUCUAGUGUCCCAUCUAAGGAGAUGUUAAAGUCGCCUCCUACUAUCAAUAGGCCCUCCUUAAAGGUAUCUAGCUUGUUCAGUAUUUUGCGUAGGGUGGGGGUUUGCUUCCUAUUAGGGAGAUAAAUGUUCACCAAGGUGACUGUUGUAUUUCCUAUCAGUCCUUUAAGAAAGAGGAACCUGCCAUUGUCAUCUGUGAGUUGGUCUAUGUAUAUGAAUGGUAGGUGGGAGGAUAGUAGAAUCGCUACACCCCUCGAUUUGGCUUCCACAAAAUUGCUAAAGUAGCCUUUGGAAUAGGUUCUGGAUUUAAGGGAAGGGGCGGAGUUCUUGCGAAAAUGUGUCUCCUGUAUAAAUACCACAUCUGCCUUGUGUCUGAUAGUCUGAUAGUGCCAUGUGUUGUUUUUCUGCUGUGUUAAGACCCCUAGCAUUGUGGGAGGUGACCGUGAUAGUGACUGGAGCCCCGGAUGCUCCCACCCCUGGAGAAUUUGUAGACCUGCUCUGUAGGUGCUUAUGCUCCAUGGUAUCUUGAGCCCCUUGUAACAAUGGAUGAUGUAUACACUGUGCAAUGUAUAGUGCCGUUCAGUACACAAAUAAAAUAAAAUCACAUAAACAGUGGUAACGUUAACAAUUUUAAACUAUAUACAAUUUGCCAGGUCUAAUCCUAGCACGGAAGAUGGGUACCGUUGUACAACUGUACGUGCAGUCGCUUAUGUGCGACUAUGGUGACUGGUGUCGGCCUCUGAGAUGUCCCUGAGUCUGCAGAAGGCCAGCUUGUCGUGACGCCGUUAUAUUUAGAUCAGCGUAGGGUGGGGUGAGUGGGUACAGUAUUUAAGAGUGGUAUCUGGUCCGUUGUGGUGUUUAGAUAUUUGUCGUAGUGUACUUUGUAAGCCCUGAGGCUGAAAACGUAUAAGCUUAUACUAGUGUAGUGGAGUAUUGGUGCUGUGUAGUGGGGCCUAUGGGGGGGGGUACCUUUGUCCCAGAGGACGGCCUAAGUGGUUGGAAGUAUUGUCUCAAGAGAUGACGUACAUUUUUUUUUUUCUCCUCUCUGUCUUUCCUUUACUCUGGUGUGGGUUGUCUCAACAGUUUCCCUAUUUGUGUAUCUCAUUCUGAGGUUUAAGCUGGAAAUGCUCUACCGGGUGGUCGUACUGUGAACACGUGUGUUGUAAAUGCACAUUUUUUUUUAAUUUUUUUUUUUUUUAAAAACACAUCAUUGAGCAUACGACCUGGCGUCCAUUAUGUCGGGGGUCGCUGUGAGUGGGUAUAUGAAAUUACGUUCUCUUCUUCCGUGUGGUUCCGUAUGCUAGUGUUGUCAUCUUGGGAUGGUGAACUUCCCGUGUUGAAGUGAGUGUUGCCGAUCCAUCUGGGCCUCUUAUGUUCAUAUGAGUUGGUCGUCUAUGGCUCCUCUAGGUCUUCUCUCUCGUAGGUGUUGGGGACUGGCUUGUCCAGUUCUCUGUUUUUUCGCUUGUGAUUGCCUUCCCAAAUCACGUGGUUUUUUAUUGUGGAAGGUUGCCGGGUCCGGCGAGUACCAGUCCAUAACUUGGGUUUCGUUCAGGUUCAGAGCCCUUAUAAAUGGGGCGACAUCUUGAUGCGUUGCGAUUGUGAACACAGAUCCUCUAGUGGCGACUGUGAGGGCGAAUGGGAAGCCCCAUCUGUAUUUGAUGUUGCGAAGUCGCAGCUGGUCUGUGACAGGUUUUAAGGUUCUUCUCGCCUGUAGGGUGAGCCAUGAUAGGUCCGGGUAUAUUUGGAUUUCUUGGCCUAGGUAUAGCAGUGGGGCGGAGGUGUCCCUUAGAGUUUUCAGGAUGUCUUCCUUUAGUGUGAAGUAAUGCAUGCGGCAUAUUAUGUCUCGUGGCAUUUCACCUACCCCACUCUUUGGCCGUAGGGACCUGUGCGCUCUGUCCAAGAGUAUUUGUGUGUCUGGCGGACGGCCCAGUAUGGAGUUGAAGAGGGUGGUUAGUUGGGCGUGCAGAUUUUCAUUGUCUGCCUCUUGAAGCCCCCUUAUGCAGAGAUUAUUUCUCCGUCCCCUGUUGUCUAAGUCAUCUAGUGACCUUUGCAUCAUGGAGAGGUGUCUGUCAUGGGCAUUUACUUUAGUGGUUAGGUCCUGUAUUUGUGUCUGAAAAGAUCCCCUCUCAUCCUCCAGGUCUUGUACCCUGUGUCCUACCUUUUGGAUAUCAGAGCUGAGGCCCUCCAUUUUGUGCUGGAAUGUAGCUUCAAUUUUCCCCAGCAUCUGUGCCAGAUCUGCUUUGGAGGGUAGGUUUCUCAAUAGCUCCUUGAUGUCCACAUCUGGUGUGUCUGUGGAGCUCUCUGAUGCCGCUGGGCUUUGUGGCUGGGAGCAUGGGUAGGCCGCCGCCGGCGCCAUGUUGGAGUCCCCAUGUUCUGAGACGCGGUCAGCAUAAUCGCGAAACAGGCAGGUUACCGAUCCCGGUUUGCCCGCUGGGGUCUUCCCCGUUGGUGGGUGAGUGGGCUGCUGCUUUUUAUUAUUUCCCAUCGCUGUUGCGUGUCUACGUUAGCUGAGUUUUCAGCCCCGUCGGCUCGGAGCUGAGUUAGUGUGCGGCCAUUCCGUCCGGUCGUCGGCCACGCCCCCCAGCAUUCUCAUUACUAACACAGUACAGCUGUUCAUGAAAAAGGACGCCAGCAGAUUGGAGGGAGGGAAGUUUGAAGGACCACACAGGAGGAAGUACAAAAUAUUUAAACAAGUAACAGCAGAAACUAUAUUACCGAUUGAAAAAGCUGUCUGGGUACAGUGAAACAUGUUUUGGCUGGAGGAUUGAAGAUUCCACAUUUUAUAAUUUCUCACAAUUUUGUUCAUAUUUUAUUUGUAAGUUUUUACUACUUUAUUUAAUAAAUGUUGUUUUAUAUUUGGAAUCCACCCUCCAUUGUUGCUGCUUAAAGAAGGGUAGUUGCCCCCUUAAAGGCACAGACACCUACACACCAGGAGCCAGGUAUAGGGCUCCACAUCAGGUGAGAAGCUAUUUUUUCUGCACUAUUUGACACUGUACAUUGGGAUUGACCGCACUAGGGGUUCUCCUCUUCCCCUUGUUUUCUCUCUCUCUCUCAAGUAUGCAUAAGGAUCUCCAGACGCCUAGAGGACCGAUUGGGUACUGUGUCACCAUAAGCACACGCAGGCCAUUGAGAUCUGAGCCUAUCCUAUAGGUCUCUGUUACAUGUGAGUAAGACCAUAUAGAAUAUUCCCUCACUGCACUUAUUGAAAACGUUAUCUGCACUAUUUCUUGCAUUUACAUUUGUUUCAGAUAUAUCGCUAUGAGUCACGUUUUCCAUACAUAUGUAUGUUAACUAGAGAUGUCGCGAACUGCUCGCCUAAGUGUUCGCGAACUGUCCGCCGGCGAACAAUAGCGUGUUCGCGUUGGGCGAACAUAUACGAUUUCCGGUCCGCCCCCUAUUCGUCAUCAUUGAGUAAACUUUGACCCGGAACCUCACAGUCAGCAGACACAUUCCAGCCAAUUAGCAGCAGACCCUCCCUCCCAGGAAGUGUCUGCUGACUGUGAGGUUCCGGGUCAAAGUUUACUCAAUGAUAACGAAUAGGGGGCGGACCGGAAAUCGUAUAUGUUCGCCCAACGCGAACACGCUAUUGUUCGCCAGGGGACAGUUCACGAACAGUUCGGCGAGCAGUUCGCAACAUCUCUAAUGUUAACCCAUAUGGGUGAGUCAACAAAUUUGUAAGCGCUCCAUAUGCACACCAGUGGUGGUUUUAUCAUUAAUUUCAAAUACUGAGUGUACACCUAAUCUUUUUUGUACUAAUCUAUAGGGUAGAGAGUCCCUAUUUGUGUGGUAGCUGCUGUCAUUCUAUUCAAUUAUUAACUGAAAGCGCCUUGAAAACACACAAAUUCUUAUUUUUGUGAAGUCUCUACAUUUAUCUGUCAUAGCACUCUGAUUGGUUGGCUUGAAAUCCACCAAUCAGAGUGCUGUCAUUUUACACAGCAUGGGAAAGUUCUUUGGAAUUCUGUGAACAGUGAAGGUGGGAGAUACCACGUGGGCAGAGCUUGUGGUCUGCUCCUUUGUUGGGUGCAGGCCACUAGGCACCCCACCUAGUCUGCUACUUCUGAAUGACUGACUUCUGGCUGAAUAACCUAGGAGCAGUGCUCACACUGAAGUAAUGGGGCUGUGAGAGAGCACAGAUGGUGCCUUCACCCACCAAAGAUGCAGACACCAUGCUCCUUCAAUAUUACAAAGCAAUGUGAAUGUGGCCAUUAGGGAGAUAUUUUGAUCUCCUUUUCAGCCAUUGGAGCAUCAAGGAAACCCCUUUACGAGCCUGACAAAUGCCUACCUUGCUUUAUAACUUGUCUACAUAGGGAUUAGGAUAAAUUGGGGGACUGGGCAGGCAAGUGGCAGAUGAGAUUCAAUACAGAUAAAUGAAAAGUAAUGUAUUUUGAAAUAAGAAACCCACACAUCACUUAUACAUUAAAUGGGGUAGUUAGGGAUUACAUUAAAUAAAAAUUACUUUGGAACAAUUAUAGAUCACAAACUAGGCAAUAGUAUGCAAUGCUGGUCUGUCGUUGCAAAAGGUAGUAGGGUAAUUUUGUGUAUGGAAAGGUUUUGCUUCACAUGAUCAAAAUAGAAUUUUGCUUUUUUACAAAUCAAUGGAAUGAAAUAUUUGGUGCAAUUUUGGGCACAAGUUUUAAAGGAUAUUGCAGAACUAGAAAAAGUACAGAGCUACAAAACUAGUAAGGGGGAUGGAAAAUCUUAUGACUAAAGGCUACAAAAACUGGAGAUAUGGUAGCCCUAUACAUAUAUACAGGGUUAGUAAACAAAUAUGUGCUAACCUGUUCAUUAGCAGGACUAUACAACAAACGAGUUCACACACACUGAAUGUGGCAAACCUAGCCACUUCAGACUAUUUUGUUUCACUUUAAGGGUUGCCCUAGAAAGACUGGUUUAUAUAUGGUUUGAUGUGUUGGUUUAAAAUGUGAAAGAGGGAAUUCGUAUGCUAGUGGCCCGAAAGCUGCUAGCAUUCAUAUGGUAGUUUCACGAACAGUGAUUUUAAACACUGUUCAUGAAACGAUCAAAGUACCGAAUGGGAACCCACACACGGGGUCGUGUGGCUCCCAUUAACCGAUCGCAACAAUGUAUCUAUCGGCUGUUAAUUGAUUCCCCGGGUGGCUGACGUUUGGCUACCGACCAUGUGGCGGCGGCCAUCUUGGAUUCCCUUUUUGCCCAGCGGUGUUUGGUCGUCAAGUGCCUGGAACUAAAAUUGGCUACUCGACGGUGCGAACACCGCUGGACUUCCAGGCCGUUCAGGAGCGCCGCUCUUUCUGUACUUUCCCCCCACUUAUGUAUUCGUGACUUUUAUGAGAAAUGUAGGCUAAAGUGUAUUUCGUGCAGCGUUCAGCUGAUUGUGCUUGGAUCUGAGCGGUACUUUCAUGAAGUAUGCGCUCAGACCCCAGCUAUCUGCCGAACGGUCAUUCGGUACAGUGGCAUGAAUAAAAUAGAAGUUAUGUAUUUUUAUGUAAAAAGCCAGUUCUGCUGUACUGAGGGAUAAUCCACUCAACAGGAUAUUCUAGUGGGAGUAUCCUUCUCGUACAGCAAUGCAUGGUGGGAGAAAUGUUCUGUAUGUUAAGUCCCCCAUGUAGUCCCCUACUAUACAACCCCUGUAAAGUCAGUAAGGAAACCCCUUGCAUGCGGAACCGCAUAAAUACUGGAGCUUGUGAAUAAAAUAGUCAGUUGACUCCCAGAACUGUUUUUCGUCCGGUUACUGGGGGAUAUUCCCUUCAAUUUCAGCGCUUUCCUUGGAUUACCUUCUGUACCAGCAGAUAUAUUGGGAUUUAAUAUUGCAGCUCUGCUAAACUGAGAUUGUUAGAAAGACUGGGGUUUUUGUUUACAGCAGAGGAAGGGUUCUUUACAGUAACUUACUUUAAAAGUUUGUCUCCUGCUCUGUAAACUGAACUUUAAUUACAUACAGGAGACUCCUGCAGGAUCUGGCAAGCUAUUAACAGAGCGUGAAGUAAGGAAUUCUAAAUUAAACCAAACUUGCAAUAAAGGAAGUGUAAACAUUAGAUGACUCUACAGGAAGUGUUUAGGAAGACUAUAUUAAUCACAUGCAGGGAGGUGUGGCUAAGAUUGCCAAAAAAGUGAUUUAACUUCUAAAUGGCAGAUAAUUGAGCAGUGAGACUUCAGGGGCAUAUCGUGCAGCGUUCGGCUGAUUGUGCUUGGAUCUGAGCGGUGAGACUUCAGGGGUAUGGUCUAAACACCAAACCUGUGUUAUGCAGCUAAAGUUGUAUUGGUGAUUUUUAGUGUCCCUUUAAGCUACUUCUGUGCUUUUGGACAACCUUCAAAAUUGAACAUGAGAAAAUUCCUUUGAACAAGUAAUCUACAUACUUAACAAAUAACCUAAAGGCUAAGGCUGCCUUUGUUGGCUUUUAUAUAAUGUAGAGCUAUAAACAGAAGAUUAAAAUAAAGUAAAGGGAUUAGCUAACAUUAUUCCUUACCCAACACUGUGUGUGGUGGACAUUGAAAAAGCAAACCACAGUAAGCAAACAUUGACAAAAUACUUCAUCCUUUUUUUUCUCUUGCAAGAAUCUAAGGUCAAGUGACUAGCAUUGUAUUAAAUCAAUUGUGACACACAGGGCAUGUCUUGUUUAUUGCAUAAUUAAAACCCUGUUGGGCAAAACUGAGCAAGAAACCUGAAUUUCAAUCUGCAUUAUCACCUGGGAUCCAAGGGUUGUUUAUAAACACUCAUUGCCUGACAUUAACAUACUUUCAUGCAUUUUGAUUUUUAAAUUGGUUUUAAUAAGUUGGAAUUGUUCCAACUUAUAUAGAUGUUUUUACAUGUGCAUAUCACUUAUGCAGAUAUUUCUUGCUGCUUACAAUUGAGUUUUACUGAGAAUUGAACCAUGGUUGGUGCAAUCUUUAUUCGAAGGAUCAUAUCAACCAAUUCACCAGAGCCCUGGCUAGAAGAAAAAAAUCCAUGUAUUUUUUCUACCCAACAUGUAAUGGGUUGCUUUCUGAAUUCCAAACAAUCCCCCAAUGAUUCAGCAUGAUAGUCAUCGUGACUAAGGAUUUACUUUCUUGAGGGGUAACCGGUUAUCUAAACUAAUUUGUACUUUUACUAUAUAUUAUAUAGUCUGUGACUUGUAUUGGUUUGUCUAUAACCUGCUUAUGUAGAUGUUACAGCAGAUUUCAGAAUUUAUACAUGGUGUAAAAUAUCGAUAUAGAUAACCUGUAUGUUAACAUAAUGUUCGCAAUACAGGUCUGAACAAAAAACUUGGACUUCUUUUUUUGUGUAUGAUUAGAGGGAGUAGUCAUGUGGAGUAAAUCAAAAUUGGGGGUUUGUGUGUGUUUUUUCUUUUUAAUUUAUUUUUUUUUAGCAAGAAAUCUAAACAUGAAGGUUUUAGGGGUUUUAAUACUGUUAAAUUUUUGCUGGACUAAAGUCCUGAAAGGUUGACAUGCUCUCUUACUGGACCAUUAGUUGCAUUUUAGAACCUUGGAAUCAAAUGUUAAUAGUCUUAGAGUCCAUUUUAAUCAGACCUUGAUCUGCCUGUUUUUGCUAUCCUUCACAAUUUUAAAGACACUAUCCAGCCACUGCAUGCUUGCUCCCGAUUUGUUCUCUGAAUAAUAUGGCUGUGACUACGACCGAAGGAAUAGGCAACUCGGCCAGGCUACACCCAGUGCAGGUACAAUAUAUAAUUGAGCAGCAACACUGUUAAAAUCUGUAUUUGGCAUUUUCAUUUUCUUUCUGUUGUGCACCCCCCUUAAAUUUGUUACACAAAUCAUGAGUUGGGGGCUGGGGGGAGGUUAAGCACUUUACAUCUGAAAAAUUUGAGUUUUUGCUAGAUGUAGAAAUCUGUGUGAAAGGAUGGUAGGGACAUAUUGCAAAUUAUUCAGUCAAAUAACGAAUUACCUGAAUAAAAGGUCUAAUAAGAUUUAACACAUAGAACUUGUCAUGGAGUUUCAGCUGCAUUAUCAACCAUUUGUUCUUAUUUUCUAAUUUUUAUAUAUAAAUUUCUAAUUUCUAUAUGAACCAUUUUAAUUGUGUAUUUAUGCCAACCACAGGAAAGGAUAGCCAAAGCCCAUGGCUCUCAGUGUGGAUUCUGCACCCCUGGAAUGGUGAUGUCCAUGUAUGCAUUACUAAGGAACCAUCCAGAACCCACCAUGGACCAAAUCAUGGAUGCUUUGUCUGGUAUGCACACAUUUUUUUACAUUAGAUAAUCUCUUCUAGUAUCUGUGACUGACCGCCUGCCACUCCGACCGGGUGCCUCCAUCAGUUGAUGCUCCAAGCACUCCACCAGACACCAUCCGCACUGUAGUCCCCAUGUCCAGCGUUACAGCUUGGCUGGGAACUUGCCGUCCUCCACCCACCCUGGACCCAAGAACAGGAUCCAGCUUCCAGUGGGUGAACCUUUACUACUCCAGAGAGCAUAGCAGGAACAGAUCUUAAAAGAGCUAAUGAUUAUAAUCCCAGGAGAGUAAUGUGAUAUAGCAAUCCCCAGGGUAGAUGCAGCCGUUUCCCCCACACAUGAGAUGAGUCUCUAUGUUGAGGGUAACAGGAACUCCAUUUAAAUGGUGCCACGCUGACCUUUUAUGACAAUCCCCAUGUAAGGGAUAUGCCCACAUAGACCUUGUUGGGAACAGGGACACAAACCAAUAAGAACAGUGAUUAAAUGCAUGACACUCCCACAUACAAUAAGCCUUCCCCUUUACUUAGGAGAUAAUGGAGUCGAGCACUAUACUAAACUCCAUUAUCCCCAAAUACAAAAACACACAUUUCUAAAGUCCUGAAAGUACCCCAAAACACACAUCCCUACAAAUGUUACAUCCCCCGAUCACCCUGAUGUGGGUGACCAACAUAUACAAAAAUCACCCAGAUCAGUUCAGGGGUUCAGAAAUUUUAUGGCAGUCAUAUUUCUACUGACCAUAGGCAUGGUCCCAUUGCUGAAAAUAGUUCCAUAGAAUCGCGGCUAAGUGUCCCUGGAGGAGCGACCAGAAUGGCAAGGUUUUCAUGCCGAAAAUAGUUAAAGGGCAUUCGCGACUGUAAAAUAUGGAUGGGAUUGGUGUUAAUGUUGAAUCCUCUUAAUUUCUUCUUAUCUUCAGUUGAUUGAUAUAUAUACGUCUUUUGUAUAUAUAUUCUUGGGCCAAAUGCUCGCCACAAUAACAUAUGUCUAUAUUAUUGAAAAGUAGUAAUACGCAAUCUGACUUACGGUUUCUUCAGGUUUAUUCUUUGUUACGGAUACAUAAUAAAACAUAAUAAAUGAUGUUACAGGAUAAUGUACAUUCAACAGCAGAUGGUAAUUGCUGGACUUCUGAUGGGAGAGUUACAUCGUUGUACAGAGCCAAGCCAAGAUUAAGACUGAGAGACCUCGUGUCCCUCUGUUACUAUAUAGAAGUGCUAAUACUAACGUCCGCGUUUACCUCUAGCCAUAUAAGGACAAGACCCCCGAAUCCACAUUCCAGAGCUCUCGGACAAAGAAAGCCUUGUGACUUAUUGAUACCAUCUGUUACUUAUGUCAAUCCACACAUCCAUAUAUAUAAUCAAUAGAAACAUAGAAUAUGCAAUAUUCUACAGCGACUAAGUCCCCCUGAAGUCUAUUGGCGGUAUUGGUCCAUGCAAACAUGAUGGCCGCCACUACGUGGUCGAAUGGUUUCGGGAGUUCAAAGUGCCACUUCGAAACUUCGAACUGUUCCUGGUAUGAGUCCACAAGGGCACAAACAGUGUUUUUAAACAAAGUCUAUUAGAGGCCAUAGUCACAGGGUAAAAGGCUGGCAAAUAGGCCAGUGACUAGUUUAUGUUCGCCAAAGUAUUUGCUUGCAUGUUGACUUAUUAUAUAGGGGUUUUUGUGGUUGUGGAUCCCUCACCAUAUAGUUGAUUAGGCUGACUGGUAUCCAGAAUACCUUUUCUUGGAUAAAUUGUCAAACAUCCAUCUGACUAUCACCACCUGCAUUCUCAAAGAAUCUUGUUUCUCUGGCAGAGCAUAUGACUAUAUAAAAGAUGUAAUAUAAUACUAGAUUAUAAACUGAUCAGAGAAGUAAUAAUAGGGUUAUUUUAUUUCUUUAGAUUGUAAACAACUUUAAAUUUUUUUACAAAGGAUGAAACUGUUUACCAGAGAUCUGGUAAUGUUGGUGGCAUUUCAACUUUGAGGUUUCAUUUUAUACUGCAUAUAGUAAGAAAAAAAAAAAAUAUAUAGUUUGUUUUUUUUUAUAAUUUUUUUUUUUUUUUUUUUAGGAAACUUGUGUCGCUGUACUGGAUACAGACCAAUUCUGGAUGGAUGCAAGACUUUCUCCAAAGUAGGUAGUCUUAUGCCACUUUGUUAAAAUCUAUAGAUCUAAAGAUACAUUUUUUUAUUGUUUUUCCAAAAUAACUGCUGUCUAAAUUGGAAACCUGGGGAACGUUAUUUAACUUCUACUUAGAAAUAGUGAGUCCCUUUGUGUAUAUAGAAUUUCAUAUUCUAUUUAAAUAAGUGCCUAUAGUGGAUAUAUCAUUACAGCUUAGGUCGCUGCAGAGUAAAGUCUUCUGUAGCCUGAAAAUAUCAGAAUAAAUAAAUAUUUGACCCUAUAUUCAUCCAGGUUUACAUUUGGGGUAGAUUUAAGAAUGGCUGUCUGCAACCUUUAACCCCUUAAGGACACAUGACAUGUGUGACAUGUCAUGAUUCCCCUUUAUUCCAGAAGUUUGGUCCUUAACCCCUUAAGGACACAACUUCUGGAAUAAAAGGGAAUCAUGACUGAAUAUUUCCGUCAUGUGUCCUUAAGGGGUUAAAGACGCCCUUCUUUCCUUCUUCCCCCAGCCCAGACUUUCUGUAGCUGUUCAAUGAGACUUCCCAAUGGAGUUGAAUGAGACAUCUUUGCAAGGCAGGUUCUUGGGUUUAGUUUUUCUCCUGCGCAGUUUAAUUUGUUUUGUUUACUCCUAAUCACCUUUCCAUUCUCUCAAAGGACUGCUGUCUAAACAAGAGAGAUGAAAAUAUGAUCACAGAAACCGAGGUAAACAGAUCCAUUUAUCAAUGCAUUUUAUUUACAGGCUUUGGAACUUUUACCCUCUGCAAUCUGCUAGCAUAUUUUGCACAAUAUUAUGGCCUGUUUUUUGACUAGUUCUGCAAGGUGCUUACAAACACCUUAAUUGUGAUAAUGGCAUCUAUUCCACAAGAACAGCCUUAAAGAUGUUUUUGAGUUCUAUAUGCCUGGGGGCCUGUUUUAUUAAAAGUACAUGCUUUAUUUUAGACUUCUGACUGACCCAGAUCCUUACUGGUGUUUUAUUAACCGCAAUUAGGACAUCUCAAUUAUUUGUAAAUUAAUUAUAAGACUAUAGGUUAAUAGGUUUUGCAACAGGCUCUUUUACUCAACAAGGAUUGGGUGAGAAUAACUUUCUUCAAGUAAUGGAUCCCUAUUGAACUAUAGUAAUGUCCAGAAGCAAGUUCUAAAUUGUCUUUAAAAUGACAUAAUGUUGCACGGAGGAAGCAUUGGGGUCUACAGUGCUAUCUAUGCCAGCCCCAAAAAGUUAUCCUAAAAUAAGAAUACAUUCUAAUUGACCAUUGAUGCCUAAGAAACACUAUAUGCAACUUGUGCUGAAAUCAGUCAAUGUAGAUACUUGCUACUUGCUCUUUUCUACGAACUCUUGGUAUUUAUUUGCACCUGGCCUCUUUAACACUUAUUUAUAUAGUUAUGUUCAGACCUAUUAUUGUAUCUGCAAAUACGUCACUAGAACACGGGGCAUGUAAUGCACUGUAUAUCCCAUGAUGCAUUGGCUUGUUAAAUCUUCAGGUCACUUUCUAGGAAUCUGUUGUAUAUCCGAUAAGCACAACAUAGUUAGUUGUCUUGUACCCGAAGCAUACAAAGACUUCGGAGUGACCUAUUUCUCACGUCAUUCCACUGGUCUAUAUGGUAUUCAGUACAGGAGUAAAAUAGGGAACUAAUGGAAAGAUUGUGUAUUUUUUUUUUUUUUAAAUGAAAUAGAAAUUCUCAGCUUAUUCUUGCUAUUUGAUUUAAGCAGGGUUCUCUUUACUUUGUAUGUAUUGUAUGUCCGUUACUUGCUUUUCUAUAACCCUUUGUAUUGUAAAGAAUUGAACAAUAUGUUGGCACCAUACAAUUUAUGCUGAAUAAGACGUGUUUUUUUUUUUUUUUUUUUUGGAAAACUUUAUCUACAUAGAGCUCUCCAAUGCUCUUCAAUGAGAAGGAAUUCUUACCCUUGGAUGCAACACAGGAGCUGAUAUUCCCUCCUGAACUAACAGUAAGUGCUUUAAUCAGGGCUUUGGCAUUUGGGAUCCCCCUAGGACUACUUAACCAGUUUUAUUAAUAGUGAUCAAUGGGCAUCUAUUUUCAAUGUUGGGGUAAUAAACACCCAAACCUUGCAAGGAAUACCAUGUGGGUUUAUAAUGCUUAUCACAGGCAGAAAUCUCCCCUCUUCCUCAAUGUGUACCAUUGUAGCUGCUAACAGGGCUCAAGAAUAAGAAUCCCUUCUGUAAACAUCGCUUCUUGUAUCUAAAUCCUAAAUGAUGUCUGCAUAUGUUAGCAGUUAAUGUAGUGUUGUUUCCAAAUAUAAAGUGUUUUCAGUUUUCUAUGAUAUAUUGAUGCACUACACUUAUACAAGUAACUCACAUUUAUAGAGAUUAGCUUUACUCCCAUAAUCAAGUGGUCAUUUUGGUACAGUCUGGCACAGAAAUGAUUUAACUUUCCCAUUAUACGUUUUAUGGUUAGCUACACACUGAAGAAAGACUACAAAAUAUUUAGGAUUUGUAAGUUUCCCAAAUCUAGCCCAAUGGGUAUGAGCGAACCUGGACAAUUGCAGGGCCAGCUCUAAAAUAUGAAGACGUACUAUGGAGUAAUCAGGCAUGAGUGUAUUUGUCAUUGAAAUGCUACACUUUCUGCCUCAGUGCAUGUAUUCCAUUUGUGUUGCUAAAGUAGCUAAUAUUAAAAAUAAACUCUCCUCAGAGAUUUAAGUGUAAUUAUAAAUAUGUAUUUACCAUAUCCUCUAUGGCAACAUUGGGCAUUCUGAUAGUGACCCACCAAGAGCAACCAGAAAGGACAUUGGUGUAAUUUCAUUAAUUGCCAAAUUUCGUCAUUACCAAAAUAGUUGAUUAAUAAUUUUGUGCCUUUUAUAGUUGAAACAUGCCAAGCCGCAAAAAAUGAAAGUUUUCCAUGGAGAGAGGACAACUUGGUACAUGCCUUCCUCACGUCAAGAACUUUUGGAGCUGAAAGUAAAGUAUCCCAAAGCACCACUUGUAGUGGGGAACACAGAUGUAGGUAGGUUUGGGAAUUUUAUUUAUUUUUUUAUUUUUUUGGAUGAAGGAAGGUGAAGUGUUUAACUGAUGAAUUGCAGGAUAAUUUGAUGGGGAAAAAGAUAAACUAUUAAUGUAAUACUGAAAGCUUUCCCCCAUUAUUGUGCAUGGUACAUGAAGUUCAAAGGCAAACAAUGUUACUCCUGUGCUGAGAAUCACACAAGGUUUUUGAUUCUCUUUAUAGAACCAUGAUGGCAAACAGAUGAACACUAAAACACACUUCAGCCCCUACAUUUUUUUUUUCAAAACUCUAACCUUAUCUGUGUACCUAAAACUACAAUUUAUUGAAAACUGGCUGUAUAAUAAUUGCAAUCUCUAUUCUUCAGGUCUGCAGAUGAGAAUUAAUGGGGUCUUCCAUCCAGUAAUUAUCUCACCUGUCCAAAUACAAGAACUCUACAAGGUCUCCUCCAAUGAUUUUGGUAAGAGAAUUAUGCUUUUGAUCCCCAGGUAUGGCAGUCCUUGUAUUGGAAGGGGCAAAGGUGACAAAAGAAAUGGGACCUCAAAUUAUCUCUUGGCUAUAAUAAACUCUAAUGAAUAAUUUACCAGUUUAUCUACACUAUAUGGACAAAAGUAUUGGCACACCUGACCACUACACCAACUUAGACUACUUUUGAUAUUGCAUUCUAAAUACAUACACAAAUGUUUUUGGUUACCACUCUUCUGGAAAAGGCAUUCCACAAGAUUUUGGAGAUGUCUGUGAAUUUUUGCCCAUUCAUCCAGUAGAGAAUUUGAGGUUGGGCUCUGUUUGAUGAGAAGGCCAGAUUCUCUGCUACAAUUAAUCCCAAAGUUUUUCGAUCAGGUUGAGGUCAGGACUCCCAGUGCAUCCCAGUCUAGAUCUUCCACACCAAACUCAUCCAGUCAUGUCUUUAUGGACCUUGCUUUGUACACUGGAGCACAGUCAUGCUGGAAUAGAAAAGGGCCUUCCCUUAACUGUUCCCACGAAGUUGGAAGCAUAGCACUGUCUGCUUAGUAUCCUGAAGCAUUAACAUUUCUCUUCACUUGAAGUAAGGGGCCUAACCCAAUCCCUGGGAAAAACAGCCCCAUACCAUUAUCCCUCCAUCAAAAUGUACAGUUGGUACAAGGCAGUCAAGCAGGUAGCGUUCUCUUGACAUCCACCAAAACCUGGCUUGCCCGUUUCACUGCCAAUAAUGUGAUUCGUCACUUCACAGAACAUGUAUCGACUGGUCCAGAGUUCAGUGGUGGCGUGCUUACACAACGAUUUGGCAUUGUACUUGAUGUGAUUGCAUGCAGCUGUCUGCCAUGGAAACCCAUUCUAUGAAGCUCCUGCCGAAAAGUUUUUGUGCUGGAAUUAAUGCAAGUGGAUGUUUGGAACCCUUCAGCUAUGGAAUUGGCAGCAUGUUGAUUUUUAUGCACCGUGGGCCUCAGCACUUGGUGACCUCACUCUGUGACUUUAUGUUGUCUUCCGCUUCAUGGCUAAGUUGUGGUGUUUCUAAACACUUCCACUUUACAAUGCCACUUACAGGUGAGAUGUGUCCUAAUACUUUUGUCCAUGUAGUGUGUAGAUAUUGACACAGAUAUGUUUCUGGGAAUAUCUUUCUAAAGAUUAGAAAGUAAACCACAACUAAAUGGUGUUACUGUCAUGCUUCUAAAGCAUUUAAUUUAAUCUUCCUUAAAAAUGUCAGUCUUAUGAUUGUGUUCUGAGCUGGACAACUGGCAAAUCAUGGCAAUUGAAGAUAUACGAUGCGCUUCCUAAAAGGGCAUACAAAAGCUGGAGACUCCAAAUUAUGUAUGUGACAAAGUUUUAGAACAUAAAGAUAUAACAAGUGAUGUGUGAGCACUCUGUACUGAGUGAAUGCAGAAUGUGAAGGAGAUCUUCCCCUCAUGCUGCAGCUCUUACAGUGAUUGGUGUUGGACAGCCCAGCACAAAUCAAAGAGGGAGCAAGCAGGGAGACCUUACCAGGGACUUUACAGACCCUCUGGGUCUCCUUGAUACUGGGGGAAGGGGGACAAUGGCAUAUUUAAUAUAACCGUGGAUAAGCAUGACCAUGUUCAGCCCCGCUAAUUAAAUAAAUUUAAAGGGCUAUGUAUGUUGGUGCGUAGUGUCUCUAAAUUGAUGUAAAUUCCUAAUGAAACUGGGUAAUAGAAAACUAGACCGCCAGGUGCAGCUCCUCAGACUAUGAUGACUUAGGACGUUUGUGAUGCGGCACAGGAGGAGGCCGAGUAAUAGUGAUCCUCUAAGGAGAAGGCUGUGAAAAAAGAAGCACGAGGGAAAUUUAGCAGACCCGAGCAACGAGACGCCCAAAAUACCUACCCUAUUCGUGAGAUCGAGGGAGAGUUUAAAAACCCAUUAUGUGAAUAAGCCCUUUAGGGGAAGAAUUUUUUUUUAUUUUUUUUUUUGGUUUAAAGGAAAAGCAAUUGAUAUGUAUACUCAGUAAAGCCUGUCAACGGAACACCUCUAAAUUUACUUGAAGGAUAUAUGGUUGCGGAAAACUUCCAGUGAAAGGGUGGGCUGUAAACUAAAUACAACUGAUUACAAGUGAUAAAGAGAAGGGAAAGGAAAAAGGUGGUGGGGGGCACUAAAUGGGAAGGAAAAGAAGAAAGAAGGGGGGAAAAAAUUAACUUGUACAUAUGUGUAGAAGGACCCUGUAAAUAAAGUACCUCCAAAGCUAUCUUAAGAGAAGUAUCAAAAUCGGUGAGCGAUCAGAUACUGAGGCUAAAACUUUGGCUGGCUUGUCUGGAUCAUUUCAUCGUGGAAGCGAACACUAGAGAGAAUCUCUGAAUUUAAAACAGGAAAGGAAAGGAAAGAAAAGGGAAAGGAAAAGUAAACGUUCCCACGGAGACUAAAGUAAAAGAGUUGAAAAAUUCAGAGAAUAACGAAAAGGUAAAAGAAAUGGCCUUGAAGAAGGGAAGUGAUCCCAAAGGCUCAAAAAAAAGUAAAGAGGAGAAAGAGCAGAGAUCAAAUAAAUCACUACUAUCAUAUUAUCCUUCCCCAAGCUCAGAAGGAAAAUCAACCUCAAGAAGAAGGUUGAGUUCUCUACCCAAACAAAAUUAGUGACACCAAAGAGAAACCUCAAUCUCAAGAUAAAAUAGAAAUAUUUAGAUCAAGCAAGAAAAUUCUCAAUAUAUUGUACAAGAAGAGCAAGUGCAAAUUACCCAAGAGUUUUUAACAAGUCUAUUAGAAGAGCAUAGACAAAAUAAAAAAAGACUACUGUUAUAAAAGUCAAAGCGAAAUUAAAGAAUUUGAACCGAAAUGUUCAAUAGAACACUGAAAAAUUAGAAUCCAUGAAAUUUGAAAUGGAAAAACAAGAAAAUAAGAACUUAUCCAAAAAAGUACCUGAGCUACAAAAUAGCUGAUGGGAAAGACCGCUGAAGGAAAAGCAAUCUUCGGAUAAGGUGUCUCAGAAGAUGUAAAAAAAUAAGAAAUAAAAGGUUCUUUAUGAUGUUUUCAAAGAAAUGGCAGGAGAAGUAGGGGAAAAAGAAUCACUCCUAGUUAGAGCCCAUAGGCUCCUGAAACAUCACAGGCACCUACAAAUGCCCCUAUGGAUAUUAUAGUUUGUUUUCAAAACAAUUUAUACAAUGCAAAGAUCUGGAAAGUGAGAUACAAAACGAAGCAUAAAAUCGGGAAAUUCAAAGAUCUAAAAAUUAUGAAUUAUUUAUUUUCACUCUGCAACAAAGGUUAAAUCUGAGAUCUAUUAUGGAAGUUCGAACAAGAGAACCUAAAAUUCACAUGGAUAUAUCCAGGAAAAGUUUUCCUUAACUACAAUGAAGAGAGAAUCAUUAUUCAUUUUAGACCUUGAUCUUUAGAUGAAAUAAAGGACUGGAAAAUAGGCGAGACAGGGACCUCACGCUCCUAAAAAAGAAAGGGGUAGGGCGAGGGAAAGGGGAAGGAUAAAGAGAAUUGCUGUUGGAGGAACGAUCUCUUUAAAUUAACUAGGUUCUUUCCGUCUCUGACUUCUUGUCUUUACCCGUCAUGCUGCGAUUAGUUUCCUGGUGGAGUUAAAUAACGAAUUUAUUUUUGUAAGCAGAACAUGAGCCUUAUCAUAUUCAUGUUGGAGGUUUUUUUUUUCCUGCUUGUUUUGUAGGAAUGUAAGUAUAAAUUAGAUGUAAAAUACAAACAAGGGUGGGAAAAAUUUUUGGGAAAAAAAUAAAAUAUUUUUAAUAGACUAUGGUUAAAUUUUGUUCUAUAAAUGCACAAGGUUUAAAUUCACCUGUUAAAAGGCACAAAUUAUUAGAUAUGUUAAACAAAGAAAUAUACAUUGCACUUAUUAAAGAGAUGCACUGGUUCUCAACACAAAAAUAUUAUGAUAAAUAUUCAAGGCAAAUGUCGUGUUAUAACAAAAAAAGUAGAGGCACUUUUGUUUUAAUAAGUUAAUUGAUAUCUUUAGAGAUUGAUAAAGAGGGAAGAUACAGUAUAUUGAAUUGUAAAAUAGAUAAUGCACGUAAUAUGAAUGCAGUUUCCUUUUUAAAUUUUUUAAUGGAAAAGGUAGAUAAAUUUGCACAAGGUCAAUUAAUAUUGGGGGGGCGAUUUCAAUUUAAUAGGUGAUACAAAUUUGGACAAAAAAUUACCAGAAGGGAGAAGCAUAAAUAAGAAAUUGCUAUUAGAAGCAAAAAAAAAAAAAAUGGUUAAUUUGUGAUUUAAUCGAUAUAUGGUGAACUAUAACCCCAGAAAGAAAAGAUUAUACAUUUUAUUCUAUACCCUUUAAUUCCUACUCUCAUAUAGACUUAUUCUCAUCUUCAACCUCUAUCUUUUAUAAAACUUAAAAUUGAAAUUUCAAUUCCCACUUGGUCAGAUCAUGUUCCAUUAUUUCUUGAAUUAAAACAGAGUAAAAAUAAAGUUAGACAAGAAUGGAGACUUAAUGAAUCCCUUCUUAAACAAAAGUAUAUCAUGGAAAGCUUAAAAAAGAAAUUCAAAUUUAUUUCCAUGAAAAUAAAUUGUCAAAUCUCAAAGAGAAUUACUUGGUGUGCAUUACAGGCGGUAAUUAGAGGGCACAUAAUUAGAUUUGGUUCAAAUGAGGAAAAAGAAAGUUUACCUAUCAAGCAAUUAUAUGUCCAAUUAUCUCGGUUAGAAAAAGAAAAACAAAGAAAAUCCAUCUCAUAAAAUUCUUGAAGAAAUUUAUAAAAUUAUAGAUCAAAUAAAACUUAAAGAUGUAGAAAUAAUGAAUUUAAACCUCCUGUGUUUAAAACAAAAAUGGUAUAGCCAAGGAAAUGGGCUAAUAGAAUGAUGUUCAACAAGCUAAAAAAUCUAAAGAAAAAAUUUAAAAUAGACAAAAUAACAGAAAACGGGAAGACAAUACUGGGCAUUUUCUUUUUGGAUAUUUAUAACAAAUCAUAUCAUUUAGGUAAAGAUUAUUUGUCAGAAGCUCUGGGAAUUUUUUAAAAAAUAUUUGGAGAAAUUUAAUUAUUCUGAUAUAUCUUAUUAUAAAACCUUAAAUACUCCAAUAACCUUGCAAGAAAUUUCAAAUGUGAUUCAAAAUUUAGACACAUAAAACACCCGGUCCAGAUUGAUUUUCUAAUAUUUUAUAAAGUUUUUGAAAAGGAUCUGGAUAUUUGGAUCUUUUUAGGGAAAUUGGAGAAGGGAAAAUGCCAAGAUAGAUGUUACUAGCAAACAGAUCUCCCAUCUCGAAGCCUGUUAAAGAUAAAACAUUAAUUAAACAUUUUAGACCAAUCUCUUAUAAAUGUAGAUACAAAGAUAUACUCAUGGGUGUGGGCAAACCAAUUUAAAAAAGGUUAUCUACAAUUUAAUAAAUAAAGAUCAAUCCGGUUUUAUCCCAAAAAGAAAAGCAGAGGAUCACAUAAGAAAUAUAAUGAAUAGAAUGUUUUUGGCCCAUAGUCAAAAAAGAUCCCUUCUGACCCGGUCAUUGGAUGCUGAGAAGGCCUUUGACAGGGUCAGUUGGGUAUUUUUAGAAGAAACAUUUAAGAAAGUUAAUUUUGGGGGAGGCAUUUUUCAAAUCAAAAUUGGUUUUUUGUAAAGAUCCGCAAGCCUGUAUCUUAUGUUCAGGAAUAAGAUCUCCUUGGUUCAAAAUAUAUAAUAUAAUAUAAUAUAACAAGGGUGCCCUUUAGGGAUGUGCAUGGGCAAAAAAUUUGGUUCGGUUUGGCACUUCCGAAAUUCGGGACUUCGGCAAUCCCCUAACCUUUAUCCCUAGUAGGGGUAGGGUAAGGGUUAGGGUUAGAUUCCUGUCGUCAUUCCCUUAAUUUUCCCUCCUUCUCCUGUUUUGCCACUUUUCAGAAAUCCAAAGCACUUUGGCACUUCCGUAGUUCGGCAUUUCAAUGGUUUGGUAAUUCGGCAGCGUCCGAAUUGCCAAAAUUCAUCCAGAUUUUAAAUUUGGAACGAAACUAAUUGCACAGGUCUACUGCCUUUUGGCUCCAAUGUUAUACGUACUCUCAUUGGAACCAUUUGCUCAAAAAAUUAAGGACAACCAAGGGAAAAAGUGAAUUUAAAUUAUCAAUUUUUUUUUUUAUUUUUUUACUUUAGAAGAUCCAGUAUCAUGGGUAAGGGAGCUUAUGAAGGAGAUAAAGGACUUUUCUGAAAUAUCAUUCUAUAAAUUAUUUAUAACUGCCAAGUGCUAAUGGGAACUAUAAAGGAGGGUACUAAAAAAAAUCUUCAAGAAACAUAUAAAUUUCAGUGGAAAGAGAAAACAAUGCACUGUCUAGGGAUAAAAUUUGCCUUUUCCAAAAAGGAAAUAAUUGAAUUUAAUUAUAAAUCCUUGUUAAAUAAAUUAAAUGAAUAGAAACCAUUAAAUAUGACAUACUACCUAAACUUGCGUUUCUUUUCAGACCUAUUUCAUUAGCAGUUCCUAAAAUAGUAAUAUCUGAAUUCUAAAACACAUUUAAUCAAUUCGUCUGGAACUUUAAGAAAUCAAGAGUUGCAUUCGAAGUUAUCUAGAACUGUGAAAGAAGGUGGUUUAGGCCUUCCAAGAAUAAAAAAAAAUGACUCAAUUAUGCGAUUUUUUUUUAUUUUUUUAUUUUUUUUAUUUUUUUUAUAUAGUGAAAUGGUGCAAUCCAAAUCAAGCCUCACAAUGGUUAGAAUUAGCAAAUAAUGCGUUAAAUAAAAAGGAUGUGAGAAUCAUUCUAUGGUCAAAAAAAGUAAAGUCUGUAAUUACCCUAUUUUAAAAUAUUUAAGUUUUUGUUUGGAUAAAAAUAAAAUCUAAAUAUUUAGCAAUAUAUGAACUGAAAUUAUGUGGGUGACGAGAGAAUUCUUCUAAGUGAUAUAAGUUUAAAAUUUCCCAAAAUGUCAAACUCCCACCAAAUUAAUUUUAUAGUUAAGAUUGAAAAGUUAUUUGGAAAAGGAGAUACUGAGGAACAAAAAUAUAGUAGCAAUAUUUCUAGGGCAAAUAGAAAAUAAGAUGAGAAAGACCAUGUACAAUUUAAUCAAUCAUCAAGAACCAUUUUCUGAAUUGAUGCAAGAAGAAUGUGCACAAGAAAUGGAAAACUGCUACAAAUUUUAUGAAACAUGUUACACAUAAUGUAAAUCUUUUAGAAAUAUAUUUUAAACUCCUUUUCUGAUGGUAUUUGACUUUUAAAAAAUUAAAUAGUCAAUAUAGCGUAAUAUGCUGAUGUUUUAGUGAGGUAGGUUCUUAUUUUCCCCGAUGGUGGGAAUGUAAAGAUAUUAAACAGGCAUGGAACGCCUCAUUGCUCAUCCUUUUUAAAAUGAGCAGAAAUGGAAAUCAGAUCAAAUUUACGGUUAGCUUUGUUUCAUAGUGACAUAAAGGUGCUAAAUAGAGAUGAGCAAACCAGAACUGUAAAGUUCGGGUUUGUACCGAACAUUACGUUUUUUGACCCCGAACCCGGACAUUCUCUUUAGGACACCGGCACUGCCUUACUGUCAGUGAACUUAAAGAACCACUAUAGUGCCAGGAAAACAUACUCGUUUUCCUGGCACUAUAUUGCCCUGAGGGUGCCCCCACCCUCAGGGACCCCCUCCCGCCCGGCUCUGGAAAGGGGAAAGGGGUAAAAACUUACCUUUUUCCAGCGCUGGGCGGGGAGCUCUCCUCCUCGAUCCUCCUCCAUUCCUCCUCCUGGGCUGAAUGCGCACGCGCGGCAAGAGCUGCGCGCGCAUUCAGCCGGUCGCAUAGGAAAGCAUUCAUAAUGCUUUCCUAUGGACGCUGGCGUGCUCUCACUGUGAAAAUCACGGUGAGAAGCACGCAAGCGCCUCUAGUGGCUGUCAAUGAGACAGCCACUAGAGGAUUAGGGGGAAGGCUUAACCCAUUAAUAAACAUAGCAGUUUCUCUGAAACUGCUAUGUUUAUAAAAAAAAUGGGUUAACCCUAGCUGGACCUGGCACCCAGACCACUUCAUUAAGCUGAAGUUGUCUGGGUGCCUAGAGUGGUCCUUUAAUUGCUGACUAUUGGCGGUUAUAUUGUCAUUUGACACAAACCAUCUGUUAGUUUGGUGGGUGAACGCAAAGAAUUAGUGUCAAAUAAGGGACCCUGGUCGUGGUGCUGCUGGUGUUGGUGGAGCUCCUGUUGCAGGGAAAGGAUGUGGUCGAUCUGUGCCAGCUACACGCACAAGUGAAACACCUUCCUCAGGUGCGAGUAGGCGACAGAACCUUCUGCCUUAUUUGGUAGGCCCGAAUGGUGAGGCCAGAACAAGUACAGGCGAUAGUAGAUUGGAUGGCUGACAGUGCCUCCAGUUCCUUCACAUGGUCUCCCACCCGGUCCCCUGCUGAAAGCUCAGAGUUGGCACCUGCAGCCCAUGGCAUCUGUCUUUCACCUCAGCCCCUUGCAAAUCAGCCAAGCAGUCUGAGCCACAAGUCAUGCAGCAGUCUCUUAUGCUUUUUGAUGACUCUGCUGGUGGGGGUUCUGUGGGCCAUCCACCUAGCCCUGCCCCAGAAGUGAAAGAGAUUGAGUGCACUGAUGCACAACCACUUAUGUGUCAGGAUGUGGACAUGCGAGGACCACCGCAGCACGUCUGACGAAACACAGGUGCCAACUGCUGUGGCUUUCUGCAGUGUGCAGACCAGCAAGGAGGGCAGGGUUGAAGAGUGGGUGAAAGAUGAUGUGGAGGAGAUCCCACAUGGAAUGAAGGUCAUGCGAGUGAUGUGUCCAGUUUGGAGGAAGAGGCUGUGGUCGCACAGAGGCACCAGCACAGCAUAAGAGGGAGCAGGGUGCAAAAGCAGAGCGGCUGUCCCCUAGACAGUACGGUUGCUACUGCCCACCGCACCCAGGGACUGAGCACACCAAAGCCAGCUCCAAGGAGUUCCCUGGCGUGGCAGUUCUUCAGACUAUGUGCUGACAACAAGACACGAGUGGUUUGCACGCUGUGCAAUCAGAGCCUGAAGCGAGGCAUAAACGUUAUAAACCUGAGCACAUCGUGCAUGACCAGGCAUCUACAUGCAAAGCACGAGCUGCAGUGGAGUAAGCACCUCAAAAACCAAGAAAUGUCUCAGGCUCCUCCUGCUUCCUCUUCUGUUGCUGUCUCUGCCUCUUCCUCCACCUCUGGAGUGACAGUGGCACCUGCGAACCAGCAAACAGAGGUUGUGGCAGCAACGCCACCACAUCCGCCACCAUCCCCAAGCAUCUCCACACUGUACCAUGGAAGCGUUCAGCUGUCCAUCUCCCAAACACUGGAGAGAAAGAAGUACCCCCCUACCCACCCGCAAUCCCUGUCCCUGAAUGUCAGCACUUCAAAAUUCCUGGCCUUUGAAAUGCUGUCAUUCAGUUCUGGUGGAGACUGACAGUUUUAAAAACAUGAUGGUGGUGGCUGUCCCACAGUACAUGAUUCCCAGCCGCCACUACUUUUCCAGGCGAGCCAUUCCUUCCCUGCAUAACCAAUUGGUGGACAAAAUCAGGUGUGCACUGCGCAACGCCAUCUUUGGCAAGGUCCACAUAACCACUGAUACGUGGACCCGUAGGCAGGGAUGCUAUAUCUCCCUAACUGCACACUGGGCAAAUGUAGUGGCUGCUGGGCCUGAGGCAGAUAGCAGUUUGGCGCAUGUCCUUCCACCACCGAGGAUUGCAGGGCAUUUCUCUUUCCCUCCUACUCCGCUUCCUCCUCCUCUACCACCUCUCAUCCGGUCAGCGUAACACCUUCACCACCAACUUCAGCACAGCCAGGGGGAAACGACAGCCGGCUGUUCUAAAACUCAUAUGUUUGUGGGAAACCUCACACCGUGCAAGAGCUGUGGACGGGCAUGGAACAGACCGAUGAGUGGUUGUUGCCACUGAGCCUCAAGCCCGGCCUAGUGGUGUGCGAUAAUGGGUGAAAUCUCGUAGCAGCUCUGGUCCUAGCCGGUUUCAUGCACAUCCCUUGCCUGGCGCAUGUGCUGAAUUUGGUGGUGCAGAAAUUCCUGAAAAACUACCCAGAUAUAUCAGAGCUGCUGCAGAAAGUGCGGGCCGUCUGUGCGCGCUUUUAGCGUUCUCACCCUGCUGCUGCUCUCAUGUCUGCGCUGCAGUGUAACUUGGGCCUUCCCGCUCACCGCCUCAUAUGCGACGUGCCCACAAGGUGGAACUCCACCUUGCACAUGCUGGAGAGAUUGUGUGAGCAGCAGCAGGCGAUAGUGGAGUUUCAGCUGCAGCACGCAUGGGUCAGUCGCUCUGCAGAACAGCACCACUUCACCACCAAUGAGUGGGCCUCCAUGCGAGACCUGUGUACCAUGUUGUGCUGUUUCGAGUACUCCAUCAACAUGGCCAGUGCCGCUGACGCCGUUCUCAGCCUUACUAUCCCGCUUCUAUGUCUCCUUGAAAAAACACUUCGGGCGAUGAUGGAAGAGGAUGUGGCACAGGAGGAAGAGGAGGAGGAAGAGGGGUCAUUUCCACGGUUAUCAGGCCAGUCAUUCACAAGUGGCUUGGAGGGUGGGUUCCUGCACCAGCAUAGGCCAGGUAAACAAUUGUCCAGCAAGGGCACAGUUCUGGAGGAGGAGGAGGAGAAACCGUGUUCACAGCAGGGUGGCACCCAACGCAGCUCGUGGGCAUUACUGGAGCGUGGCUGGGGGGAUACGGAGGACACAGACAAUACACCUUCCACAGAGGACAGUUGGUCCUUGUCUCUGGGCAGCCUGACACACAAGAGCGACUACAUGCUGCAGUGUCUACGCAACGACUGAAGAGUUGCCCACAUUCUAACUUUAGCUGAUUACUGGGUGGCCACCCUGCUGGAUCCCCAUUACAAGGACAACGUGCCAUCCUUAAUUCCCUCACUGGAGCGUGAUCGGAAGAUGCGCGACUACAAGCACACACUGGUAGACACGCUGCUCAGGGCAUUCCCAACUACACGUACUGACUGGGUCUGCCCCAUAUAACUUCUGGGUCUCCAAAUUGGGCACAUGGCCUGAGCUUGCCCUUUAUGCCUUGGAGGUGUUGGCCUGCCCUGCAUCCAGUGUAUUGUCUGAACAUGUGUUUAGCACAGCAGGGGGUGUUAUCACAGACAAGCGCAGCCGCCUGUCCACAGCCAACGUGGACAAGCUCACAUUUAUUAAAAUGAACCAGGCAUGGAUCCCACCAGACUUGUCUGUACCUUAUGCAGAAUAGACAUUUAUACCGGCCUCACCCAGCCAUUGUUAUACUCAAGUGCACUUGUUUGCUUUUUUUUUUUUUUAUAUUUCCCAAUAUUUUGGGGGCUACCCCAAUUAAAAAAACAAACCACAAAACAAACCGCGUUGGCUACCUCCUCCGCCUCAACCGCCGCUUCCACCUACACCGCCACGGUCACCGCCUUCUCAACCUCCUACUCCACAUCCUCCACCUCCUAGUUCAAGAUUAUUUUUAAUUUUUAUGUAUUUUAUGUUAUUUUAAGUGAUUUCCCUAUCCACAUUUGUUUGCAGGGCACUUGUCCUACUCUUACCCCCAUUUUACUUUCUUUUGCAGCCUUCUAGCCCUUUCCAGGACAUUUUUUAGAGCCAUUUUAGUGCCCAAAAAUUCAAUGGGGUUCGGGUCAAGUUUGAGUCCGAACCCAAACAUAUAGGUGUCCGCUCAUCUCUAAUGCUAAAUAAAAAUGUUACAGACAUAGCUAUUCACUUAUUCCUGGUUUUUAAAUUACAACUGGUAAGGAAAUGGAAAAGUGGUGCAAAAAUAAACUUUGCAGUGUUAUUUGAACAAGUGGAAUAUCAUGAGCUAAUGGAGAAAGGUUACAGGCAAAACAAUGAAACAAAUUUGGAAAUUCAUUUUAAAAAAUUGUCGCAAUGGUACAAAAAGAGGAAACCAUAUGGAGUGAAAUCAUAAAAAUAUCUUUGGGACUGGCGAAGGAUUCAAAAAGAUAGAGGAAUCAGUCUUGUAAAUAUUAAGAUUGAUUAGCCCCAAAUGGUCAGACUGAGUAUGACAGUUUGUUGUCAUCAACAAAUUAGAUAAAGAUUGAGAAGACAAAGAAGGGAGAAGAGACAAGGUAGGAAAGCUAUGAGAAAGGUACAGUUAGAAGUCUUCUCUCUCCUUAAUGUGCUGUUGUAGGUGUUUUUAAAUGUAUUGUUAGAUUUAUAGGUGUAAUAUUAUUAAAGAUAGGUAUAUAAAUGAGAUCUGAAAUAAAUCAGAGGCUGUUGUUUGGCAUAGUCCAAGAAAAAUGUGAGAUGAUACCCAUCUGAUAUUUAUAUAAAAAAAAAAAAAUAAUAAUAAAAUUAAAAAAUAAAACAGAACCGAAAUACUGUAUAUUUGAAGGGUCUAUAUUCUGUUUUUGUAACGUGGGCAUAGUUGUGCUCAUGUUGGAAAUUAAUUCACAAGGUUUAAAAAAAAAAAAAAUUAUAUCUCCUCCUAUCACUUAUGAGCUUAAUUACCACCUAUUUCAUCAAAAACCAAAUAUCCUUUUUAAACAGGCAUAGUGAUGCACUGUAUGUAGUUCAGCCAGACAAAUCAAAGCAGUACAUCAGGGAUAGAUGACCGUAGAAUAUUCAAUACAAUGUACAGACUGCAGCAAAUUUACUCUGAUGUCUGAUCUUUUGUUUUUGCACAACAUGGCUUUAAUAUUAAUUUUUUCAUUCCCUAGGAAUAACUAUUGGUGCUGCAGUAAAAUUGGCUCAGCUUAAAGAGAUCUUAUCUGAAAAAAUCAAUAACUUACCAAAUCACAAGACCAAGUCAUUCCGUGCACUCACCCAGCAUCUGCACACCCUGGCAGGAGAACAGAUCAGAAACAUGGCUGUAAGUAUGUCUCCACCAGGUGGAAUAAAACAUUCCAUCGGUUUCUCACAUGGAUUAAUUUUUAGCCAUAAAAAUUGAACACACUUGUUUUGUCAUAAUGAGGAGAGAAACAUUAACAGGGUUCUUUCCUUAAGUGAGAAUUCAAAUUGAAGGCCAGCACAGGUGUCACGGCACACAGAGGAUUCGACGUGUCCUGUUCACUCCCUGGAUGCCACGUGUCUCUCGGCGUUCCAGGAGUGAGAGACACUUCACCUAUUUCCUGGUCGCCGGCUGACUCCACCACUUCGCGACGGUGUGCCAUUAGCACAAGGCGUACCACCCCCACACCAAUUUUCCUGAACCCCGCGACUGCACCACAGGGGUUAUGGGGGAAGGGACACAAACUCUGCCCGUCCGUCGGCGUACCUCUCCUCCGGCGGAUGGACCAAGUAAUAUAUGUGCCAUGACUCCUACACUGCCCCAGGAUUCCCCCAGGCUAACAGAAACCUGUGGGACCCAUGCUGGUUUACCUGGAAGCCGUGUGGGGAUGAAUGGCUUUCAGCUGCAAAUGGACAUAGCGUCCCGCCCACAUAGGGAGGUGUGGACAUGUUACCCAAAGGAGCUCUCCACUUUUAUAGGCCCUUACACCCCUCCUCAUGGAUGAGCACCGAUUUCCUUUUUCCUAGAGCAUUACCUGGAGCAUUUGGCACCCGGGUGGAUCCUGAGCUUGGCACCCCCUCCCCCCCCAAAAAAAUAAAUAAAUAAAAUCACAUGUUUUUCUUUCUUUCUUUUUUUUUUUUUUAUACAAUUUGUAAACUUUGCAAAACCGCUGUCAGCCCCUCAUACAAAACCCUUGUCCUGCCCCACCCCUCCUUCAAAACCUCUGUCCUGCCCCUUCUACAAAUCCUGUACUGCCCCGUCUACAAAACCCCCGCAACCCCCUUCCAGAAAUCCCCUGCUUAUCCCCCCUUAUAAAGACUCCUGUCCCAAUACAAAACCCCCGCCCCUUCUACAAAAUCCCUGCAGCCCCACACACUCAUUUACAGGCAGACAGUCACACGCGCACACACACAGUUACAGGCAGACAGUUACACGCAGACAGUCUCUCACACACACAGACACACACUCUUACUUACAGACAGUGGGAUGGAGGAGGACUGGAUUCCCUGAAGUCCUUCUCUCAAGCCUGUGGAGAAGCAGAGAUUCCAUCUUGCUGCACCUCCUAACAGCAGUGGGUAAGGGCCAUAUUAAGCCCCGCCCCCAGUGCCUGUUUGGCUCCGCCCCAAUUUUGCUUAGCUCCACCCCACUUUUCCUCCGUGCGGCCAGUUUAUCAGCUGUUUGCUUGUGUGAGCUGUACUGGCCGCACGGCACCCUAACUACCAUGGGGCACUGUGCGGCCACAGCUCACACAGCCCCCUCCACCCAGGGCCGGUGCAAGGAUUUUUGCCGCCCUAGGCAAAAGUAAAGUUUGCCGCCCCCCCAUGUGACAUCACAAUGCCCCACCCAUAUGAUUUGCCAUGUUAACUAACGCCAGUGCUGCAGUGCCGCCGUGUUUACAUUAAAAGGCCUGCAGGGACAGGCUAUAGACACCAGAACCACUACAUUAAGCUGCAGUGAUUCUGGGGACUAUAGUGUUUCUUUAAUGUGAGGUAAAUUAAAGCUUAGUGCCACGAAUAAUAUACUAGAUUGCCUACUUACUGUCACGACAGUGACCAAAGUCACAACAAUGACCCCUUCACACAGCGUGAAACCCACAGAAAGACGGUUACCGGACCUUAGAAUGGCCGGACUAGCGUCUGAGAAUAGUCAAGAGAAAUAGCCAGAGGUCAAGGGAAUACGGAAGACGGGCACACGAUUUUCCAAGCCAAGUGACGGGAAACCAGAAAACAGAAUAGUCAGAGAGAGUAGCCAAGGGUCAAUUACCAGGAAGGACAAUAAGAAAAGAUAGCACCAGGGGACUUAAACAAGAACCACACUAGGGCAUCUGACAAGUGUCAUGAUAGCCCUUUUAUAGUGUGGGUUCUUUGACUUUAAUUCCGUAGCCACGCCCCCAAAAAGUCCGGGAGCGUGGCCACGUUUGAAUUUUGGCGCCAUUUUUGGUCUGACGUCGGCGCGCAUGCGCCGCGUCAUAAAUGUGGGCGUGUUCCGAGCGGCCGGCGUCAGAAUCGCUGAGCCGCCCCCCGGAAGGAUCGGAGGCGGACCCGGCGCUGCGCGGGACCGGCGGGGAAAGGUAAGCGCUUGUUACAGUACCCCCCCCCCCUUGAGAACCGCCCCCAGGGCGGGUGGAACCGAACCCACAAGAGUGCCGCCUCUCAAAUAGACGAAUCAGACGAGGGGCGUGAACAUCUGAUGCAUUGACCCACGAUCGCUCCUCGGGACCGUACCCUUUCCAAUCAAGGAGAUACUGUAAUCUACCUCUAGAAAUCCGGGAAUCUAAAAUAGAUUUAACUUCGUAUUCGACAUGAUCCUCCACUGGUGUGGUAGGAGGAGUGGAGACAAUCUGCGUAUAACGAUUACAAAUGAACGGUUUGAGAAGGGAAACAUGAAGUGUUAGGAAUUUUCAUAGUAUUCGGUAAUCUCAAACUAUAACAGACCGGAUUAAUGCGUUUGAGUAUCUGAAACGGGCCUAUGAAACGGGGAGCAAAUUUCAUCGAGGGUACCUUUAAUUUUAUGUUACGGGUACUUAACCAAACCCUGUCUCCUGCCACAAACGUAGGAGCAGCCCUACGUCGUCUAUCCGCAUUUUUCUUUUGAAUCUGAGUCUUUUGAUUUAAGAUAUGUUUAACCCCUAGCCAAGUGUCUUUCAUAUUGUGAAGAGUGCUGUCAACACUAGGCACUCCUGUAGAUGAAAAAGAACUCGGUAAAGUUGUAGGAUUAAACCCAUAAUUAAUAAAAAAGGGACUAUGUUGAGUGGAUUCGUGUAUUAGAUUAUUAUGGGCGAAUUCAGCCCAUGGAAGUAGUUCCACCCAAUCGUCUUGGUGCUCAGUAGUGAAACAGCGGAUGUAUUGUUCCAGGCAUUGAUUCAUCCUUUCCGUAACCCCAUUAGAUUGGGGAUGAUAAGAAGAAGAAAGGUUAAGGACAAUACCUAAUUGGUCACAAAAUGCCCUCCAGAACCGUGAAAUGAACUGUGGACCCCUGUCAGAUGUAAUAUCCUGAGGUAUGCCAUGUAAAUGUACUACCUCUUUUAUAAAUAAGGAGGGUAAUUUGAUUAGCGGGAUGAGAUGAGUCGUCUUAGAGAAUCUGUCGAUUUAUAGUCAAUACAACCUUAUGGUUCCUGGAAGGGGGCAAAUCCACUAUAAAAUCCAUGGCAAUACUUGUCCAGGGUUUAUCGGGAAUGGACAAUGGCAAAAGGAGGCCUAAAGGACGAGCUUUGGAUGAUUUCGUGGAAGCACAGACCCUACAAGCAAGAAUGAACUCGCGAACGUCCUUGUAUGAAGGCCACCAAAACUGUUCUUCAAGUAAAGACUCAGUUUUAUGAAUACCUGGAUGUCCUGCUAAUUUGGAGCUGUGUACAAGGAAUAAGACCUUUUUUCUAUAAGACAGGGGUACGUAUAGUUUUCCCUUGGGAAUAGUCAAUGAGGUCUGAUCCUGAAACCUAGAUAACUCUUCCAUUAACCCUGAAGAGAUUUUGGCACGGACUGUUGCGAUUAUGUGGUUGGAUGGGAUUAUGGAAGAGAGGUGCGUUACUGUAGGUGACAAGUGUUCAUAUUGACGGGAUAAGGCGUCAGCCUUAGUGUUCUUUGAUCCUGGUCUGUAAGUUACUAUGUAAUUGAAACGUGUUAAAAAUAAAGACCAUCUAAUCUGUCUAUCUGACAUUCUUUUAGUUUCUCCGAAAUACGAAAGAUUUUUGUGAUCCGUAAGGAUGGUGAUGGGAAUGGUAGACCCUUCUAACAGAUGGCGCCACUCCUUGAGGGCAGAGAUAAUAGCCAAUAACUCCCUGUCCCCAAUGUCAUAUCUCUUUUCUGUCUCAGUUAAUUUCUUAGAAAAAAAUCCACAGGGAUGCAAUGGUUGAUCAUCAGAUGGACGUUGAGACAGUACGGCUCCAAUACCGGUUUCUGAUGCAUCCACCUCUAAUAUAAAUGGACGAGAGGGAUUGGGAUGCCUCAAUACUGGUGCAGAAGAAAAGGCCAAUUUAAGUCUCUCAAAAGCUUCUUUGGCCUCGAGAUUCCAUUUCAUAGAAUUUCGCCCCUUUUUGGUCAUGGCAGUGAUAGGUGCAGUGAUAGAGGAUAAACCCUUAAUAAAUUUUCUAUAAUAAUUGGCAAACCCUAGAAAGCGUUGGAUGGCUUUGAGUCCAACGGGCAGGGGCCAAUUAAGGAUAGCUUCUAGUUUUUUCUUAUCCAUUUGAAAUCCAGACCCUGAAAUUAUAUAACCCAGAAAAUGCACAGUGUCUAUAUCAAAUUGGCAUUUUUCUAUUUUACAGUAAAGUCCAUUUUCUAAGAGUUUAGAAAGAACCAACCUAACGUGAGUAUGGUGGUCUUGAAUAUUCUUGGAGUAGAUUAGAAUGUCAUCUAAGUAGACAAUAACAAACAUAUGUAAAUAUUCCCUUAAAACAUCAUUAAUGAAGUCUUGAAAGACUGCUGGGGCAUUGAAAAACAGAUUUACAAAAAAAAAAAAGAGACUGCUGGGGCAUUGCAUAACCCGAAUGGCAUGACCCUAUACUCGUAGUGACCAUAGCGAGUGUUAAAAGCAGUCUUCCAUUCAUGCCCUUUUUUAAUCCUCACUAGAUUGUAUGCCCCCCUGAGAUCCAAUUUCGUAAAGAUAGUUGCCCCUUUUAAUCUAUCGAAAAGUUCAGUGAUUAGAGGAAUAGGAUAGGUGUUACGUAUAGUUAUUUUGUUUAAACCCCGAUAAUCAAUACAGGGCCUUAAGUCCCCUUCCUUCUUGGAAACAAAAAAAAAACCCAGCACCAGCAGGAGAGGAAGAUUUGACGAUAAACCCCUUUCUUAAGUUUUCCGUGAUAUAUUCCUCUAGUACCUUAUUCUCGGUUACCGAGAGGGGAUAAACUGUGCCUCUAGGGGGCAUAGUGCCGGGUAAUAAGUCAAUGGGACAGUCAUAGGACUGGUGUGGGGGUAAUUUUUCUGCCUCUCUUGGUUCAAAAACUGCUUUUAAAUCCCAAUAUUGUCUGGGUAUCCAAGUGGUUAAAGGUUCCAUAGUAGGUACAUUAAGUAGACAUACGUGUUUAAUAGGGGUAAUACAUUUUCUGCGGCAAGCCUCACUCCAUUUUACAAUUUCCUUUUUCUCCCAAUCUAUAGAAGGGUUAUGUUUAGAGAGCCAAGGAAAGCCAAGAAUAACCGGGAAGAUGGGAGAAGUGACUUGUUGCAGGAUAAUAACCUCCUUAUGCAGGGAACCUACGGACAAUACCACUGGAAGAGUCUCUUGUGUGAUAAACGGGAUAGAUAAUGGUCUACCAUCUAUGGCCUCAACGGCCAAGGGUGUUGAUCUAUUCUGAAAUGGGAAAGCAUGUUCCUGACCGAAUCUAUGAUCAAUAAAAUUUUCGGCCGCCCCAGAGUCUAUUAAGGCAAUGGUUGGCACUUUUUUCUUUUCCCACUCAAUAACAAUAGGUAGAAGAAGCCUAUGAUCUUUUUUAUCAUUAAAGGAGGACAUACACAUUACACCCAAGGCCUGUCCUCCAUGAGGGCUUAGGUGCGGGAGUUUUCCGGCCGGUUAGGACAGGUUGAACGAGAAUGUCCCUUUCGGCCACAAUAUAGGCAUAGUCCCUCCCUACGGCGGUAUUGUCUUUCAUCCUCAGACAAACGCGUGACUCCCAGUUGCAUUGGUUCUUGAGGAGCGACUGUUGUUGUCUCGGAUGAAGGAUAGGUCAACGCUAAGCGUUCUGGCACCCGUCGAGGUCUGUCUCUAGUAUUCUGCCUGUGUCUAAGACGCUCAUCAAUGUGGGAAAGGUAUGUGAUCAAUUCUUCUAGCACAUUGGGUAGGUCUCUAGUGGCGACUUCAUCUAGGAGUUUAUCAGAAAGCCCGUUCAUGAAUACGUCAAUAAAUGCUUGUUCAUUCCAUCUAACUUCGGCCGCAUGGGUACGGAAUUCUAAAGCGUAAUCAACAAGAGAACGAGAACCCUGUCUCAUACGUAGCAAGGUUUUGGCAGCGUUAGUUCUCCUCCCUGGAGGAUCAAAGGCCCUCCUAAAUGCUGCGACAAAUUCUACAUAGUUAAACACUACCGGGUUAUCGUUCUCCCACAGAGGAUUUGCCCAAGUCAAUGCCCUAUCGACCAAUAAAGUAAUGAUAUAACCUAUCUUUGCCCUAUCUGUAGGGUAUGCUCUCGGAUGGAGUUCAAAAUAAAUACUGACUUGAUUCAAAAAACCUCGGCAGCCUUUAGGAUCACCCCCGUAACGGAGAGGGGAGGUAGCAUGAUUAGGAGUACCCAUAGUAACCAUUUCCAUGGGUUGUUCCUGUGGUCUGAGUACUGGGGUUUGCUCCUCCGGUUGGAGAUGGGCAGUACGAGCAAGCAAGGUUUGUACCGCAAUAGCGAACUGGUCCAUGCGAUAGUCCAGUUCUUCAAACCGGUCAUCAGAUGCCGGUCCGAGAGGGUUAACACCUGCAGGGUCCAUGGCCCUAGUGUAAUGUCACGACAGUGACCAAAGUCACAACAAUGACCCCUUCACACAGCGUGAAACCCACAGAAAGACGGUUACCGGACCUUAGAAUGGCCGGACUAGCGUCUGAGAAUAGUCAAGAGAAAUAGCCAGAGGUCAAGGGAAUACGGAAGACGGGCACACGAUUAUCCAAGCCAAGUGACGGGAAACCAGAAAACAGAAUAGUCAGAGAGAGUAGCCAAGGGUCAAUUACCAGGAAGGACAAUAAGAAAAGAUAGCACCAGGGGACUUAAACAAGAACCACACUAGGGCAUCUGACAAGUGUCAUGAUAGCCCUUUUAUAGUGUGGGUUCUUUGACUUUAAUUCCGUAGCCACGCCCCCAAAAAGUCCGGGAGCGUGGCCAUGUUUGAAUUUUGGCGCCAUUUUUGGUCUGACGUCGGCGCGCAUGCGCCGCGUCAUAAAUGUGGGCGUGUUCCAAGCGGCCGGCGUCAGAAUCGCUGAGCCCCCCACCCGGAAGGAUCGGAGGCGAACCCGGCGCUGCGCGGGACCGGCGGGGAAAGGUAAGCGCUUGUUACACUUACAACCAGAUGAGGAUGAUGAUGGGCUCUAGCUGCAGUCUGGCUCCACUGGUCUGGUGUAGAACAGGCUCUUUGGAGGCGGUUUGUAACUGUGCUCACAAAAAUCAAUGUUCUGCGAGAACGGGAAGCAGCUCUAUUUUUUGGGGGGCCCUUUACAGAGCUCAAGGUCUGGGUCCCAGGGCCCACCUUCAUGUUCCACCAAUGAGUUUGUUCACAGGGGGUGGAGUGUGUAGGAGAUAUCCUGAUAUGUGUGUAAGGAAUGCAUUGUGUGAAAUUGUGUUUGUAUGUGUAAGGGCUGCAAGGUGAGUUUCUGUGUAUGUACGGGAUGCAUUGAAUGUGUGUAAGGGGUGCAUUGUGUGUGUAAGGGAUGCAUUGUGUGUAACGGGUGCAUUGCUUGUGUAUGUGUGUCUGUGUGUGUAAUGCAUUGUGUGUUUUUCUGUGUGCAAGGGGUGCAUUGUGUGUAUGUGUGUGUGAUGAAUGUCAAUCCCCCCCUCCUCCCAAUCUUUUUUUUUCUUGUUCUUUUUUUACUUUUUUCUUUCUUUUCUUUUCUUUUUUUUUUAUUUUUUCCUUUUUUUUUCCUUUUUUCCUUUUUUUUAUUUUUUCCUUUUUUUUUCCUUUUUUCCUUUUUUCCUUUUUCCCCCUUUUUUCCCUUUUUUCCCUUUUUCCCCCUUUUUUCCCCUUUUUUCCCCUUUUAUUUUCUCUUUUUCUUUCUCUUUUUCUUUCUCUUUUUCUUUCUCUUUUUCUUUCUCUUUUUCUUUCUCUUUUUCUUUCUCUUUUUCUUUCUCUUUUUCUUUCUCUCGACUCUUGUCUGUCUGAAUUCAACCUUGGUUAACCUCUGCAAUGCUGUUGCAACCUUGGUUAACCCCUACAAUUCGACUACAACAGGGGUAGGCAACCUUAUAGCACCACUGUAGUUGCUUUGUAUCGUUGUAUUUGUGCAUAUAUAAGCUAUUAUAUUGUAUAUGUUCUUGAGUAGUUUGUGGUAUGAAUGUCGGCUGUGUAUGGGGGCUAGUUGUGGAAUUGUGUGUGUGUGUGUAUGGAUAUAUCACAAGGUGUUUUGUAGUGUGUAUGUGUGGGGCUCUUUGGGGUGUUGCAUGUGGGGUUGUGUGCAUGGAUAUGGAUAGUCAGUGGUGUUGAGAUUGUUGUGUUGGCUGCUAUUCUUGUAUGAGGGGAGGGGUAUUCUGCAGCUCUAUGUAUAUCUAGCAGUGUGGGUGGCUUCUCUGGGUUCCUGUGGGUACCAGGCUGGCCAUAUACAUGUCAAGGGCAGGAGCUGCGAUAGCUGCCGACCAAAGUCUGGGCCCCCAGUGGCCUGCCCCUGAGUCUACCCACAUGACCCACCCCUAGAUUUAACCACAGGGCCCAUCUUCAGUCACAAGGAUGAAGUUUGUGUGUACUGAAUUUGGUGUGUGUAUAGUUGCUGUAGAAUGUGUGUAGCGGAUGCAAAGUGCAUCAGUAAAGUGGAUGCAGUGUUUAUAGUGGAUGCAAAUUGUAUGUGUGUGUAUAGUGGAUUUUUGGUGUGUAUAGUGAAUGCAGUGUGUGUUUGUGUAGUGAAUGUAGUGUUUGUGUGUAUAGUGAAAGCAGAGUUUGUAAUAAAUGUAGUGUGUAUUUUUGUAGUAGAAUUAGUGUGUACAUAGUGACUGCAGAUUGUGUUUGUAGUGGAUGCCGUGUGUGUUUAUGUGGUGAUGCAUUUUGUCUGAUGUGUGGUGGAUGCAGUUUGUGUGUUUAUAUGUCAGAUGCCGUGUGUAGUGGAUGGUGGGUGUGUGUGUGUGUGUGUGCUGGGGGUAUUUUAUUGCUGUUGAACUUUUAAUACAUUUUAAAAAAAAUUGUUUCCCCCCUCCCUGCCUCUUACCUGUAGUCAGGGAGGAGGGACACUGGAUUCCCUGGUGGCCCGGUGGCUCAACUGGGCUGGUUAGACCAGCAAAGAGGGGCUCAGCAGGUUGCAUCUUCCCUCUCCGGGCUCUACUUCUGUGCAUGCCACGAGCGUUGUCACGGCAACGCUUUUCAGCUGCGGCUUGCGACAGUGCCGGAGAGGAAUGUCACUAUAUGGGCCCCGCCUUGAGUGCCAUGCAAAAGCACCUAGUGCCGUAGGUUGCCUACCCCUGUACUACAUCAAUCAAGCCUUUCAUCAUUUGCCAAGUGCUGAAACUCUUGUAAAAAACUUUGUCCUUAAAGACUUUUUUUUAUUACAAUGGAAUUGCUUUACCGUUUAUACUUGCAUUGGGACUUUUGCAUUAUAUUUGUUUUCAAAAUAAAACCUUUAAUUCAGUGACUGUCCAUAUAAAAUCUCUGCAUACCGAGCCCAUUCACCCCAAAACCCAUGACAACAGGUGAAAGGAAAACAUAGCGGGCAUUCAAUUUCUAAUUUAACGUCAAAAUAUCUGAACUGUAAAAAUUCUCACUUUGAAUUCUCUUUGAUUUCUCACUUUAGUGGAUAACCCUGUUAGUCAAACUGCAUGAGAAAAUGCCAAUGGCCCUAAGGGAGACCUACAAUUGACAUAUCUUGUCUUGUUGAGCAUUAAAAAGAUUAUGGUUUCUUGCAGGUCAAUCACCUUCCCACGCUUUGUGUUGUGGGCAUCUUUUCUAGUCGGUUAGUGUUGGCUUAGUUGUGGUUUCCGAGGAAGAGAUGACUUUUUCUGUAAUGUCGGUGUAAGGUUGGAUAUGGAUGAAUAUGGCACAUGAGCUGAUGCAUUUGAUGGUCCUUUUUGUAAAAGGUUACUGGACAAUGUAAACAUGAGCAUAUCUGUUUAUGAAUAAAUUUCAUUAGGUGUAAUUUUUCUUUUCUGUGAAGUCCAUUUUAAGCUAAUGACUUUGUUAAACUUGGAAUCCAGAGUAGUUAGAAAGUAAAACACAACCUAGGCACACAUGGCUGCCUUGCAUCCAAAGAAUUAAUGGAAUUGUCCCUUUCAGUGUAUAGGAGGACAUAUUAUCGGCAAACUUUCAAUUAGCGAUCUGAACCCUGUACUUGCUGCAGCUGGUGCCAAACUGAACAUUGCUUCCAAAGGUAACAUCAUAUAAAUAAUAACCUUGAUAGUGUAUUUAUAAAGUGGGAGUUGUUAAACUUAAAUUUCAGCUUUUACGCCAAAAUAGAAGAACUCAAUCAAUAAUUAGUUUGGAGCAUUUUCCCAAGGUUUGGGUGUUUGGAAUUCAAAGUGAUCUAAAAAGUUGGGGGAAAAAAACACCUGAAACCAUUCAUCCUUUAACAAAUACCCUUUGGUUUCUUUUAGCAGCUGGACCAUUCUGAACGCCUGGUCUCAGAAAUAUUUCUACACUUCCUUUUCCCAUCAGUCCCAUUUUAAUGACUAUAUGUAAACAUGUUCCACUAGAGUGUGUGUAUACAAUGUGCUAAAUAUUCUGGUAAAAUUAUAAAUGUCCUGGUGUUGGAGCCUUCAUAUUACUUUAGUACUGCACAAAAAUGCCCAGUCUCCAUCCUAGCUCAGUUGCUCUACAUAGAAGUAAAACUGAGAUUUAAUCGCUAGUCUGUUACUGGUAAAAUAUACUGCAAACUCAAGAAUGAGAAACUCGUAUACUUGGGCUUUUUUACAUUGCAUUUUCACUUCCCAAUAUUCAAUUUAUGCAAUUUGGACAUUUUUCAAUCCCCCCCAAUCUUUCUCCCCUCUUAUAUAAUGUGGGGAAAUCCCACUUCACAGAUCUAUGAAAGCUGCUUUAUAUUGUGAUGUUUUGUUUUUCCACGUCUGUUUAUAGGUUCUGAUUGCCAGCGCCUGCUAAACAAAUCAUUUUUCAACGGUGAUGCAUCAAUAAGAUCAGAAGAGGUCUUGCUCUCGGUGUUUAUCCCUUAUACUCAUAAGGUUUGUAGAAAAUGACUGGUUCCCUGUUAAACAAGGACUAAUCCUUCUACUCGUACAUUAAAACUCAUAUCAAAUAGACUGUAUGAGCACAGUAGAAUCCAGUUUCUGGGAAAUACAGUAUGUAUUCUUAUACCUGGAAUACCUAGAGCCAGUCAGCAGGAAUAUUGGGAUUGAUUGUUUGGAAAAUCACUUUUUUGGAAAUGCAUCUCAAAUUCAGUCCCAGUCCCAGGGUCCUUUUUCCAAAAUUGAUGCAGUCACAUCAAUUCUAAAAUCAUGGUCACAUUUGCUUAGACAUAGUGUAAUUUAUACUAGGUUGCAAUCUGUAAUUCAGACCCAAACUAAAUCUGCAUCCAGACUGACACGUUGCAUAUGUGUCCCAGUGAUACGAAAUUGAUACAGGUUUGAGCCUAUAUUCUUGUCUCUAAAUUCUUGUCUCUGAUCCAGCCUUUGUGGUUUCUGAUAACUCUAAAAUGCAUUUUGCUACUGCUCCUGACCCAGCUAGGUCUUGACAUGGAGCAUGCUUUCCUGUUGUGUACCAGAGAAAGCCAUGUUCCUGACCACUAGUUGUCCCAUCUACAGUGUACUAAACCUGGUUUGGUCCCUGACCUUGAGUUUAACCAAUUGAUUUAUAUAUUAUAUUCUUUGGUUUUUGCAGUGUUCCCUUGGUCAGAGUGGCCAAGUUUACUGUUUUUAGGGGAGAAAUUAGAAGUGAUAGAACUACCCUAAUUCAAAGGUCCAUUAAUGCACCUUUCAACCUUUCCCGCUGGACCUUCUGGUAGGUUGUUUGAUUGCAACUUGCUGAUGUCCCUCUCAGCCUGACCAUGGCAUUGAGGGAGAUUACUGAUGCAAUUGCAGUUGUCAUACUAUGUCAGUGGUGUGGACAUGUAAGCUAAAUAAUAACAAAUGUAUAUUUAGUUAUCCUAGCACAGAUUAUAGAUGAAAUGUUGGGCUCUAUAAAGUACAACCAUCCUCUUCUUGCAUGACCAUUGCUUUUUAAAUGCUCUUCCACAAAAUGAUCUUUAUACUUCUUGUAUUUUUAUUUUCCCCAGGAUGAGUUUGUGUCCGCUUUCAGACAGGCACCAAGAGAGAGAAAUGCAUAUGCUACAGUAAAUGCUGGAAUGAGAGUACGUUUUAAAGAAGGCACAGAUGUCAUCCAGGAAAUGGACAUUUACUAUGGCUGUAUCGGUUCUACUACCCUCUCUGCAAACAAGGCAACCAAGGCUCUCAUAGGCAGGUAAGAGACACAAUCAAGUGACUAUCAACCAUUUUCUGCCCAGUCAUGUAUAUUUAUAAAAUUCACACAUUUUAUAUACACACUACGUAAAUGAGUUGUGAUUUUUUUUUUUUUUUAAUCCAAUUUGAUGUCUAAUAAUUCAGUGAGAAACUAUAUAACCUACAUUUCAGAAUAAAACAUUAAGGAUAGGAUAGGAUAGCAAAACUUAAAGACCUACACUUAUCAGCCAAAACAUUAAAAACCACCUGCCUAAUAUCAUGUAGGCUACCUUCAUGCUACCAAAAACACUGUAAUGCGUCGAGGUAUCGACACAAGAUCUCUGAAUAUGCCCUGUGGUAUGUGGCAUCAAGACAUUAGCAGCAGAUCAAUUAAGUCCUGCAAUUUUGGGUCUUCAUGGAUCAGAGUUGCUGUUCCAGCACAUCACACAGAUGUUCAAUCAGAUUGAGGUCCGAGGAAUUUGUGAAGCACGGUGCAUUAUCCUGCUGAAAAAGGCCACUGCCAUCAAGGAACACCAUUUCCAUUAAUCGGUGUAUGUGGUCUGACAUGUACCACCCAGUGGCAGAUCCAGAGUAAGUCCUGUUUAAGAACAGUUUGACAACUUACCUGGGGUCUGCUGGGAUAUAGGGCAUAGGAGCAUUGGUAUGUGUUAGGGGUGAAGUGUGUAAAAAGUGCAGUGUGUGUGAAAGGUGCAGUGUGUGUGUGUGUAAGGUGCAGUGUGUGUGUGUGUAAGGUGCAGUGUGUGUGUGUGAAAGGUGCAGUGUGUGUGGGGCACUUGGGAGGCUUUUUAAUUUUUUUAUUUAAUAAAAUUAAUAUACUUUAUGUCCCCUGUAAUGGCACCCCGGGCAUAAAGGGGUUAAACACCAUUUAGAAGAUUUUUCCCUUCCAGAGACACAGGCAGCUACUGUAGACACCAAUCCACCGAACCGGAGAAGCAUAUGAAUGCUGUAAACAGCCGAACCGGAACCAUUCGAAUGCUGUAAACAGUCGAAUAGGAAAAACCAUACAAAUAGGUUUACACUCCUAGCAGUUGAACUGGAACAGCAUACAAUAUAUCCCCCCAGGAACGAGACAAGGCUCCAUUUUGAGGGUCAAGCAGGAACAGACAGAGAUGUGGGUUUAUUGUUCUUAUAUACACAUUAGUACCACCCACAGGGUUUUGGAAAACAACCAAUAAACACAUACAACACACUCAGACACUCCCACACAAAAUCCUCCCCUCUAUCUGUGAUAUAAUUACCUUACACAAUGGGUAAUGUAAUUAUCACAGGCAGAGAAAUACAGUUUUUCCACAUUAUUCAUAACUUUAAAAGUAUGCAUCACAUUCAGGUAAUUUACAUUUACAUUUUCAGAAUCAGCAUACUCCAAAUACAAACGUAUGUCAAAAUCAGCCAAAUUGGUCCAUUGGUUCAAAAGAUAGAUCAAAAUCCUUUGUGACCAAAUGAAGCAUGGCUUUUUUGCCCAAAACCAGUUCCACAGAGUCUUCUAUCCUGGAGAUAAUUGAGAAGUAAUCCAAUUAUCUCCAAGGACAGAGGCAAAUAUCCAUUAGCCACAUGGUAGCAAAAUAUAGUAAAAUACAAUAAAAUACACAUGGUUACAUUUAUUACAUAAAAUACAGACAUGCAACAUAUCCCCAGAUAGCUUAGGUCUGAGUGCACAUUACUGAAUGGCGCUCAGACCACACACAUACAGUUCAAUUGCCAUGGAGCCAAAGUCUUUUAUUACACGAAUAGGCUCCAUGGCAGUGCUAUCUGGGUUAAAUGAGUUCAUUCAGUAAAUCCGAGAAUCUACCAAAGGCCAGGGCAGAAAUACAUGAAUAGACCUUUCUGCAUAGGAAAAUAAAGUAUUUAAAUGCCGGUCCAUAGUCAAAAGGCAGCAGGCAGGCAACCAGGCUCCUGCAAUGCACAGUGGCGAGAUUGGUCUCGUCACAUCCCCCUCCCUUCUUACCUUUACUGGGAGGAGGGGGGACAUUUCUGGAUCCCCGGUGGUUCCAGUGAACUCUAGCCGGCAUCCAGGGCUAGAGUUCACUCUCGCAAGAUUUGGAGCGUUGCCGUGGUAACGCGAGAGUAGGACCAGGAGGAGCUGCAGGUAAGAGCUCCUGGGUCCUCUCUCCCUCCCUCUCCCUCUCCUGCUAGCUGCCAGCACAGUGCCUGCAGACCGGGGAGGGAGAUCUCUGGUCCGCAGGCACAUUGCAGGGCUGGCACUUGGAUAGUGUUUUGACCCCUUUCUAUCAUAGUGAGCAUUAAUUUUUAAAACAAGUAGUAAAGGUACAGUAUGGAACAGUAAAGGUAGAGUUACAGUUACCUCUUCUGUGUGAUAAAACCAGACAGGCUACCCUUCGCUCCCCUCAUGCAUCAUUGAGCUUUGGGCAACCAUGACCCUGAAGCUGGUUCACCAGUUAUCCAUCCUUGCACCACUUUUGGUAGGUACUAAUCACUGCAUACUUGUAACGAGAAUAUACCCCUACACGCAGGAUCCAGCUAAACAGAAGCCAAUACAGAGGAGAGAUAAGUCUACCGGACCUUAGAACGGCCGGACUCGACGUAUAUGAGAGGAGACAGAGCCAGGAACAAACCGAGGUCAAGGGCACAGAGAGACAGCGUAAACUAGGACAAGCCGGGGUCUGGUACACGGAAAACAGCAAGCCGGCAAACAGUACAGAUAAGGAUAAAGCGAAAACGAAGUCAGAAUACAAAAGCCAAAGUCAAUACGAGAAAACACAACUGAACACCACAAGCGCUAAAGGGAACUGAAACAGAAACCACGAUAGGGCAACGAGCUAAGGGAAAAAGGUAAGUUUAAAUAGCUUUUAAACGAAAGUGAUUGGCUCCUGUCACUUCCACACCCCCAAAAGGUAAUUGUAUAGGGAGUGUGGUAUGACAGGAGCCAAUGGGAGCCUUUUGGCAAUUAGGCUCCCACUGUCUCUUUAAGAGUGCGCCCGAGACUCGCGGCGCGCUCUUAGUUUCAGGCGGGACACGUGACCGCUUCACGCGGUCACUGCCCGCCUUCCAUCUAAAGCAGUUGGAUGAGCCGCAGGACCGCGCGUGGCUUGAAGAGAGGACCGCGACCGGCCCCCGGUUAAGGUAAGUAACGCUACAAUACUGGAAACACCAGACUUGCUUUUUUUUUUUUAGAGAUGCUCUGACCCAGUCGUCUAUCCAUUACUAUUUAGCCCUUGUCAAAGUCACUCAGAAUGUUUUGCUUGCCCAUUUUGUUAUUCCAACACAUAACAUUCAAGAAUAGACUGCUGCCCAAUAUAUCCUACCCAUUGUCAGUUGCCAUUGUAAUGAUAUAGUCAAUGUAAUUCACUUCAGUUACAACAUUAAAACCCACUGACGUGUAUAAAUGUGUAUAAAAUAUGUUUACCGGAAAGAAGCCUCCAGACAAGCGACUUCAAAUUGCUGAAAAAUGUAUAAUAAAUGUUAACAGAUGAUUGAUUAGCACUUGUCUAGUAUUUAGAAAGUGACAAUUUCUGGCAGGAACACAGCUGGCCCAUCAGACAUGUUUUUGACUGAUGCGGUUUUAACUUUCCGUUAUCUAGGAUUUCAGAAAGCGGAAAGAUGGAUGGGGGGCAGCAGAGCGAUCUGUAGCACAGAUUUGGGGGUUAAACCAUUCGGAAAUGGUUUAACCUCUAAGGGUGAGCCAGAGAUUAAGUUAUAGUGCCUGGAGUGUUCUUUUAAUAAGACUACUUUCUAAGCAGACACAUAACAUUGUCCUUUGUGAUUGCUUCAAUGCUUGACAGAAGUUUACUGUAGUUUUAUAAAUAAUUAAUUCUCUUUUAAGCCUAUCCACACUAAUCAAAACCUCUUUAUCUGGUAGGCAUUGGGAUGAGGGAAUGCUGAAUGAAGCCUUCAAACUUGUCUUGGAUGAGAUUUCUAUCCCUCCCUCUGCUUCAGGAGGAAAGGUGGAAUAUAAGCGGACAUUGACAAUCGGCUUUCUCUUUAAAUUCUACUUGCAAGUCCAACAGAGCCUUCAGAAACCUGUGAGCAUCAUUAGUACUAUUAUCUGACAAAAUCCUGUUCGUAAAGUCUAAGCAGACACUAGGUGGCAGAUGAUUCACAGAAAGAGGUUUGCAGGCAUUUUUAAAUGUUAAAUCUUUUUAGUUCAGAUUAUAAAUCUGAUGUGUGCACUACUUUUCAUAAGAAAAAAAACUUCUGAACUGCUUGGCUUUGUCUCAGUAAACCCCCUUCCCCACUUUAUAUAUCUCUGCCACAUAUUUAAGUUGGCGUUUUGAAUUAUAGACCUGUCAAGUUCACUCUAAGUUUAGAAUAUUGAUGCUGGAUCUAUAAACAUUUUAAAGGCAUGUUACCCCUUAAAAAAAAACAAAAAAAAAAACUACUCCAUAUUGCAUGCUAUUUGCAGUUAUAAAUCUCCUGGAGUAUCUCCCAUUUUGUAUUUGGGGGUCAUUAUUGUGGUAUAUGGUACCAAAUUAACCUUUUUGGGGAUUGGCUUUAAACUUAGUGGGACUUUAAGAACCCGUAAAGUCCAACCAAAAAGCGGACGACCAUUAGAAAUACUUGUAUUCAGUAUUCUUGGAACUGUAACUCCCCCAACUCUCAGCCAGGCAAAACUUGUCCUAGUGAUGGUAUAUACCAGGCAUACACAACCUUUGGCACUCCAGAUGUUUUGGACUACAUCUCCCUUGUUGCUUUGCCAUCAUUAAUGGUGUAAGAGCAUUAUGGGGAUGUAACCCACAACAUCUGUAGUGACAAAGGCUGCUUUUUCCUGGUAUAUACGGUACACAUAUCCUUUAAAAUGAGCCGUCUUAAAUCGUGGCUACAGGGAAUCUAACAAGCAUGACUGAGUAACAUUGGGAAUUUCCAUCCAUUGCAUAUUGGGUUUCAGGGAUAUCCCCUAACCCUAUAGAAUUGUGAAGACCCCACCUCCAACUUUCUGUAGGCAAACUGAUUCUGUAGGUUGGCAUCACUAUCAGCAAAGGGAUUUCCCUUGGUUACACAGGACAGAGUGCUUCUGCAGGGAGUAUUCAGAAGCCUGUAGGGAGAUCAAAAUAUUAGUCAAGUACUCUGUUCUCAAAAAAUUGAUUUGUGUGUGAUCUCUUAUAAUCUUGCUAGGUAACUUUCUCAGGAAAUGCCACAGAAUAUCUUGGCAUUCUCAGAGACUUUGAGGAUGAAGCACCCAAGACAAUGCAAAUCUUUCAGGUACAGAAGCAAAAUCCACAGAAGUGUGUGUAGAUGUGUUUGUAUUCAAACUUCAUUUUAGACAUACUGUCUUAAUUUGCCUCCUGCAGGAAGUCAGUGCCCAGCAGCCUGCCAAUGAUCCCAUUGGGCGUCCUAUAGUACAUCUGUCUGGAAUUAAGCAAGCCACAGGAGAAGCCGUAUAUGUGGAUGAUAUUCCGGCGAUGGAUCGCGAGCUGUUCAUUGCAUUUAUCACCAGUACAAGAGCUCAUGCCAAGAUAUUGUAUGUGCUAUAUGUACACUUACCCAGUUGUACAGGACAUAAGAUGCACUUAAUUGCACUUCUUUCCCCUAUAGACCGACUGAAACAAGUGCAAGCAGCAGGGGCAUAUGUGGCAUCUUGAGACCUAGCUAGUGUAGGAUUGUAAAGUCUGCAUUUUUGUUUUUAACCAGAUUUACAUUUUUUUUUUUUUCUUUAGAUGGCUCUGUAAUACUUUGACAAAUGAGAGAGCAUUUGCCAGAGUAGCAAUGAGCAAUUGUGAUUGGCUGAGUGCCAGUGCCCAUUGUAGACAUAAAGUAGUAUAUCUAGAAGGUAGUGUGUAAUCUGAGCUUUGCCAUACCGUCUGUAGUAGCUGGGUUGUGAGUGUUCAAGUCUCCCAAUUCAUUUUUAAACUGCUCAAAAAUUGUUAAACACUGAUCAGAGGAACUGUGUGACAGGGAACGCAAUAACUAAUUCUAUGAGAUGAAAUAGUUAUGGUGCUUACAGCUGGUUAAGGCUAUACCGCUUUCAACUGGCAAAGUUUAAUUUUUUACAAAACCUACCAACUAGCACCAAGUAAUAAAAAAAAAAAUUAAAAAAAAUAAUAAUAAAAAUAAAUAUAUAUUAAAUACAAAUUACUGCAAAAAUGCACUUAUAAAAACUUUACAAAUUUUUUUCAAGAAUGACUUGCUUUGUGGUCAACAAUGUGGGAAAAUUACACAUUUCUAAAUCACCAGAUUAUAAAAAAGCAUUUGCUCCUCACGUGAAACUGGUUAACUAAUCAGACUGGCAAACUCCAUUAGUCAUGUGGUCUUUUCAGAUCUAGAUAUCUUUACAUCUUACCAAUUUUCUUUACGAAUUCUACUUACAUGUACUAUUGUUACAUUCUAUCACGCAGGGCUUGAAAUCUGGGAACCCUAUUGUCGGGAGCUGCCACUUGAUGUGUAAAAAAAAAAAAAAAACACCAGGAGCUUCACCCACCCGUAUAAAGUUCAUAAUGUUACUAAAUUUCUGUGUAUUAACUAGUCACUAAGCAUUUUGACCGGUUUUAAACAGACCAUUUACUUUAAAAGUAAUUUAUGUAUAAUCCUCCCCUUUGCAUCUCUAGGUCCAUCGAUGAUUCAGAGGCCCUCAAGGUCCCAGGAGUUGUGGACAUGGUUAGAGCAAAAGAUGUUCCUGGGAAGAAUGAGGUAGAUGGACAAGGUAGCUUGUUCGCUGAAGACGAGGUACAGUUUCAUUUUGUAUGCUCCUAACUGUCGUGUCCCAUUCACAGAACCUGUAAUAGUGCUGUAGGCCUGUGAUUUUGUUUUAGUUAAUGGAAUAUCUUUAGAUUUUUCGUUUGCAUUGGGAUUUUGAAGUUUAGUGAUAUAUUAAGCAAAACCUCCAUGGCUAGCCUUAUGCCUAAGCAUGCGUGGGAUAGGCAUAAGGCUAUCCUAACUAUAAGAUAAGGCUAGGGACUAAUGAAAGUAUUUGGAAAAUUGGGCUGACUAGAUGGGCCGAAUGGUUCUUAUCUGCCGUCACAUUCUAUGUUUCUAUGGCUACAUUUUUCCUUGUCUUGAUUUCCUAGGAUUACCAGAAGCAAAAUAUUUCCACCAGUGCAUGUCCUGUGACUAGAUUGCUGCUCUCACUGGAAUGAAUAGUUAUUAAUGCUCUAUCGCCACAUGCUUAACAUUAAAUUUGUCCAUGUGUUGGUGAAUGGUGGAAUGUUGGGUUUAGGAAAAUAGUGGCUUUUAAAUGUGUCUUCUUUGUUUCAAAGUAAAUAAAGCACCCGUAGUAAACACAUGUGAAGAUCCCUGGGAGAUAGUAAAGUAUAUAUGACAUUAGAUGGUUAUGUCAUGCAUAUAUAUAUAUAUUUGCUUGUAAAUGUUUUAUUUAUUUUAUAUUUUUUUAACGUGUACCAUCCUCUUAAUGGCUACCAUGUAGUUGCCAUAUGAAACCAUAAAGGAUGCGACUAAGUUCCAUGUGCACUAAUUCAGGAUUUCAGUGUUCAGUAAUGUCUUACCUGAGAAACUAUUUAAGCUCUUAAUUUGUGGCUACAAUCAAUCGGCUUGUGUAAAUCUGUAAUUUACUUUAUUUUUUUUUUCUGUGCUGUAUUGAUGUAUUUUUCCUGUGGCUGCAGGUUGAAUGUGUGGGUCAGAUAAUCUGUGCAGUAGUGGCAGACACACCCGAUCACGCAAGGCGUGCUGCAGCUAAAGUGAAGAUUGCCUACGAAGAUAUAAAACCAGCCAUUUUUACCAUGGAGGUAAUGACACCCAUUUACUGCUGUUUUGCUGUUAAGAGGUUGAGCAUUGCAAAUUUCCUUUACUCAACAUGUUGGGAUACGUUCAAACAAAGUAAUACAGCUUGUAGGAAAAAAAAUAGAUAUUUCUAUAUUCUGAUAUGGGGACUAUAUCCUAUCCCAUUUCUUAAGUUCAGAAAUGCUAUUGUUUUCUACAUGCAAAAGUUCUUAAAGCUCGCCCAUUGAAACCUUUCUGUUAUGCAACUGCUGUUACACUAUAUAUUGUGCUUGUCGUCAGGGAAAGUAUUCUAAAUAAAGAUGGCUGAUAUUUUGCAUGGAAAUAAAAAUGAAUAGAAAACGAGGCUAAAACUCUGUUUAGGUGGUACACCCCAACUCCAAACAACUUUGUGUGAGUGCAGCGCUAAAGAAGCUAUAUAAAUAACGUACCCCUCAAAGUUUCAGGGUUUGUUUAAUUUACAUAAAAUAGAAACAAAUAAUACAAAAUAGUAUAACACUGUAUUCAAUGUCUCAGCAAGUAAAAUUACAGAUACAAUGGAAAGUAGAUGUGCAUCCAACUCUCAUUUGUUAGAGCCUUUUGUUGGUAUAGGCUCUAAACAAAAUGGCCUCUAUGCCUUUAAAUAGGUGGCAACAUCUACCUUCUUCUGAGACCCACUUCUUAGGAGAUUUAUUUUUCAUAAAUACAUAUUAUAUGAAGAAAUCUCCUAAGCAGUGGAUCUCAGAAGAAGGUAGACGUUGCCACCUAUUUAAAGGCACAAAGGCCAUUUUGUUUAGAGAGGACGUGGGCAAACUUGAAUCGGGUGGGAGGAGGCACGGAGUAGUUUCCUCUCCGUAAUACAGGUGGUGGUUUUGUGACUUGACCAGAGGCUUCAAAUGUAAAGAUCUGUUUAACCAGAUUUAUGGUAAACCAGUUUACAAAAUCUUUUUAAAAUUAUGACUGAUGUUCCAAAGUCUAACUUACAGAUCAUGAAGAAUGUGCUGUAUAUAGAAAGUAAAAUAUAAUUUAUAUAAUCCGUAAUAGAAGACACAUUUGCACAUAAAUAAACCUGAAAGUUAUGUGCGACUUCACCAGCAACCUUUUUGCUCCCAAAUCCAAUGAAGAUGCUGCCAAAAAGUAGAAUGGUCCAAUGCACCUUAUUUAAAUGGCAUCACUCUGUAUUGGUUCAAAAUCACAGUGCAGCAACAUUCCAACCCUGUUCAGGGUCUUUACCAUUCCAUGGGUUUUAUGGCGCUCUGGUGGAACAGUAAAACUUGCAGUGUACUGGUUUAGCUGUACCAAUCUCAUGCAUCCUAGACAGAGGAAGAUGCUGCAUUUAAGUUAGUGCAGGCUGGCUACUUUCUACUUUGACAUGCCAUAGGAGAUGCUGACAUGGCCCUGCAAACUGGUCCAUAUUAUGAACUGGCCAUUGGUGUAGUUAUUACCAUGGCAGCAUGGUAGGCUUCUAUUGCAACAGCUAAAAGCAGACCUCUGCAUUUGUCAUCAUUAAUUCCCAUGUAAAGUCCUUAAUGACUGCGGUUUUAGAAUCUCUUCUUUUUCAGGAUGCCAUUAAAAACAAGUCCUACUUUGAACCGGAGAGAAAAAUAAAGCGUGGGAAUCCAGAGGAAGCAUUUAAAACUGCUGAUCAUAUAAUUGAAGGUAAGAAGAGCAUACAACAUUUCUCAAUCCACUCUAGAGCACUACAUUAUAAAGAAUUUUAUAUACUUGUCAAAGAAUCAUUGAGCUGCAUACACAAGGUUGAAAAGACUAAAUGUAUUCAAUUAGUUGUUGUAUUAAAGAUUGAUAUUGGGAAGCAAGAUUAAAUAUCCCUUUCAUGACCUCCUACAUGAAAUGGCAUAUCCUGUAUACAAGAUCUAUAUCCUCUUUUUGUGAUUAAUGGGGUUAUUCACUAAAUGAUAAAAUCAGGACUUUGUUCACACUAUAUAACCAGCCCCUGCGCAGAUUUUGCAAUUCAGGCCUUGAGCUGGUCUGAAUAUGUUCCAGAGUUCAGCUGGACUAGACACAACCAGGUUGGAAAGAUCAAUUACAUUUUAAUACUAGUUGCAAGAAAGGCCCAAUCCCAUGUAUAACAGGAGGGAGAACUAUGCCCCCAUUGGCAAAACAGUUCCACACAAAAUCUCCCACACUCUACAGUAACUUUAAAAGCAUCCUGGCUGAGGUUGAUGAGAGAAGAAAUACUUGGAUAGUAAGGUCUCUUCCAUUGAUUAUUUCACAUGGGUUGGAGUCUUUUCUAGUGGCAAUAAAGCAAUCAUUGGCCAGACACCAGUAUUAAACAUUUAGUAGGUAUGGCUCUAUAGGGUUAAACAUUUAGUAGGUAUGCCGCCCCCCAUGCAUUCUGCUCAAUCGAGUUGGUUCUGUAUGUUAUUUAAUCCGGUACUUUGUGUCGGAACCCUCUAUAAAGUAUAGGAUUGCGAAGAUUCACAAACACUGAUUUAAUCCGGAUACCAAAUUAAUUGCUGCCGACCAACACAGCUGACUUAAUUCCAACUGGAAUUGGUGUUGGUAGAUCUGAGAAUUGCCAUCUGGACAAAAUUUUGAUGGACACACUCUUACUUUAAUGGCACAAUGGCAUCUUUCAAGACAAUUUCUUUUAUUCUUGCAUCACACCACUGACAACAGCUAGUAAAACAUUAGUAAAUUGGAACCCGCUUUCUAACCUUUACCUGUAAACCGUACCAUUAUAUUUGUUUUGUAAAACAAUGCAUUGCUUUCUUGCUUAGUAAAUUCACAAAUAUUGCAGCUGCUAACUUACAGUAAAAUCCAGGAACCAGUCAGUGGUGGUUGACGUUUUAAAAUGAUGCUCUUGACGGAGUCUAGACUCCUUCCCUUGGAUUUGACCCACCCCUCUCUGUAAACCCACUUCCUGACCCUUGUAUGUCUCCCAAUAUUUCAAAUGGAGAAAGGGAGCACUGUCAAUGUUAGGAGUGUGAGAGGGGUGUAGCCUCAGAUAGCAUUUUUCUGAGAAAUCUUUAUUUAUUUAUUUUUAAUUAUUUUUUUCUUAAUUUACAUGAAACUGAUAUCUAAAAUCUGCUUGUAGUUGAAGGUCACAUUACCGUGAGUAUUAUUGCUGUUGAGCUUUGUUAUACCCAAAAACCAUAUAGGGCUCCUGGAAAAGAGGGUCAUUAGGAUAGAGAGAAAUGGGGACAGUCUCUCCUACAUAAGGACAUUCAAAAAGUAUGAUUUUGCUCUUUGCCCAAUUAACUCAAUGUUCUCCAUUCCUUGCCAAUAAGACCUCAUAUUAAGAACAUAAACCUACAAAAAUACUGGUUUUAAAAAAAUGCAGAUCUUUUGAUCAUUUAUUUUAAAAAGUAUUGUUGCUUUUUGCUGUGCCUCUCUGUAGAGUUUUACUGUGUAUCUGCAUUGCCAAUGUGUCUCUGUUGUUUGUGAGGACAGUGGUGGCAAUUCAUAGUAGGAUGUCUAGUGCCGUUUUGAGUAAAUGGGAAUACCAGAGGGAGGUGAAGACAAGCUCCUAAUAACACACACCUUAUAGUACCCAACACUUUUCUAGUAAAGCCCCUUCUUCUCUGUGCCCCUGCCUUAAAGAAAAAAAUCCUCCUCUGCACCAAUUUCUUUUAGCAUGAGAGGUUUCCUCCCCAGCAGUGCACUCUCCCUUCUCCAUGGCAAAAUCUCCAGUACCGACCCCCUUCCUUAUGACUGAUGUUCCAUUGAUUUUCCCUUAAAUUCCAAAUGGACUAAUCCAAAUCUAUCCUGUGGAGCCUCUUCAAGCAGAUCUAGUGUGUAAGGAAUUGGGAUAUGUGGAUUUCGAGGGCAACAUUUUUGCCCUCUGCCUGUUAUGCACUGAAAGGCUGGUCAAUUGUUUCAUAAUUCAGAUAGAUGGAGAUUAGAGGACAUAAGUGUCAAACCAUACGGUCCCCUAGCCCAGAGAAUGGACUGGAACUACCACAAUACUACACUGAGCUAUGGAUCAGAACUGUUGUAUUAAAUUGGAGGAUAUCUAGGGGCUCUAACUUGACAUUCUAGCACCUAUAGGUUUUCUAACUAUAAGGGACAAAGCAAGUGACUGGAGAGACGUGGAAGUACAUUAUGGAAAAAAAUAUAAAUUAUCUAAAUGUUCCCGAAAAAGUUUAUUUUAAUUUUUGUUUUUUUUUCUUUGUUUUGUUUUUUUAACUGCAUGUAUCUACUUGACCAUUUGACAAUGAUUCUCACAUCCAUCUAAAAGGGAGCUCUUUUCUGCCUAUAUUUGUAGGUGUAGUGCAGAUUGCUGGUCAGGAACAAUUCUACAUGGAGACAAACACUGUUCUGGUUGUGCCAAAGGGAGAGGACGACGAGUUUGAUAUUUAUGUAUCCACACAGGCUAUCGCCACUGCACAGGUCAGUACUUCUACAAAAAUAGAAUCUUUUAGGUACUUGUGUUUGAAGGUAGUCUUCAACAAUACUUGAUGGUUGUGUUCUUUACACAACUAUAUAGGAUCAGAAAAACAGACCUGUAUUCCUGAUCUAUAGUGUCAAACACUAUCUAUCCCUCUCGGCCCGCCUUACCUCCAGUCUGCAGCUUCUGCCUCCUUGGCUGACAUCAGAAGUGGGGAUCUCAGCCAAUCACAUUGUUUUGACAUAGGAAAGAAUUGGAUUAGCUGAGAUUGUUUAUUCUGAUUAUCUCAGCCAAGGAAGUGGGCCUGGGGUGGAGCUAAAUGCCACCCUGGCUAAUUGGCAUCUCCUCAUAGAGAUGCAGGGCUGGUGCACUUCCUCCCAGCUCACUCCACGCGGGAGCCCUGCUGAAAAAUGACACAAAAAGGUAAGGAUAGUAUUAGACUAGUGACAGUUGCAGAAGAGGAAUCAGUCAGGAGCUAUUAACAGUUUAAUUGAUACGCUUUUAUGAAGAAGUGGGUUUUAAACGAUUUUUUUGAAGGAGUGGAGACUGGGUGAGCAUCUAACGGAGGAGGGAAGCGAGUUCCACAGGAACGGUGCAGCCCUCGCGAAAUCUUGAAGGCGAGCAUCAGAGGUGGGAGAACGGACAGAAGAUAGACUUAAGUCUUUAGCAGGUCGUAAUGGCCUAGACGGGACAUACUUGUGUAUAAGGGAGGAUAGAUAGGUGGGAGCAGCAUUAUGUAGAGAUUUGAAAGCAAGAACCAUAAUUUUAAAUUGAGCUCUAUAUUUUAUAGGAAGCCAAUGUAGGGACUGACAGAAGGAUGAGGCAUGGGAAGUGCGGGCGGAUUACAGUAGUCAAGGCGAGAAAGGACAGUGGAAUGGUGGACUUUAGUCGCAUCUAGCGUUAAGUAGGGGCGGAUGCGCGCAAUGUUUUUGAGAUGGAAAUGACAGGAUUUGGCGAUAGAUUGAACAUGAGGCUUGAAGGAGAGGUCUGAGUCAAAGAACACCUAGGCUGCGAGCCUGCGUGUUGGAGCUAAUGGUAGCACUGUAUGACUCUCUGUCUGUCUGCCUGUCUGUCUAUGUGUAUGUAUGCCAUUAUGAAUGUAUGUGUAUGUAUGCCAUUAUGAAUGUCUGUGUGUAUGUGUGUCUGUAUCUGUCUGUCACUAUGUAUGCUUGUGUGUAUCUGUAUGUAUGUGUCUGUCUAUUUCAGUAUGUGUGUCUGUUAGUAUGUAUCUGUGUCCUUUUGUAUCAGUGUGUAUGUUUGUGUGUGUGUAUUCCAGUGGGCAGUAUUUGGAGGCGGAACCAGUGGGCAGUAUUUGGAGGUGGGCCCCAGGGGGCCCAGACCUGAGCUGAGUUAGGGGCUCCAAAAUUUCUGGUGGCGGUCCUGAAUGUAAAUACUGCCUUUUCUCUGAAAAGAUAGCGUUUACUGCAAAAAGCCUAAAGGGAAUGUUUAUACUCACCAGAACCACUAUAUAUUAAGCUGCAGUUGUUCUGGUGACUAUAGUGUCUUUAAUCACGCAAAGUCUCAGUCGGUAAAUUUAAUCUCUACAUAGAGCAAAAUUCUGACUUUUUAUUUUUAUUUUUUAUUGGACGUCUUUCACUGUGUAACUAGUCUAGAACAUUACUUUAACUCUUCAAAAGUCAUUAUUUUUCUGCUGACUUUAACCAAUAAACAUGUAAUAUGUAACACAAGCUGGCAAAGUUCAUUUGAAACUAUAAAGGACAUUUAUUAAGGAGACCUAUGUUAUUUUGAGUGUAAUGUUCUAAAUUGUUAGGCAUUCUAUUGGUUUCCGUUUUUAGCCAUUCAAAAUUUCCCCCUAUGUUAAUGUGUCUUGCUGGUGUGCAGAAUGUUGGAACCAUGACUAUUUUGAAACUCCCAAUAAGUUUCCUCCGUGAAUAUCAAAUCGUACUAUUGUGCUUUUUAGUGCAUGGAUAAAGUGGACGGCACAUUAAAGUAGUAUACUUUCUGAAAGUUGAUAAAACACUGAGGAAUGUAAGAUUUAAAAUUGUGCACUAAAUGGUACAUUUAGUGGCCUGUUUGAGAAUAAAUACGAUUGGUAUUGGUGCUAGUAUUUUCUCUGUAGCAAAUUUGAAAGGUUUUUUUUUCUUUCUUUCUCUCCCAGUUUAAUGUGGCUUCCAGUCUUGGUGUUCCGUCUAAUAGGAUCAUGAGUAAAGUAAAACGAGUUGGAGGAGCUUUUGGCGGUAAAAUUACGAAGCCAGGGAUAUUUGCUUCAGCCUCAGCGGUGGCCGCUCAAAAGUGAGUAUUAGCAGGGAUCCCUUUAGCCAAGCAUGGUGAAUGAAAUGCAGCACCCAUUUUUAUUUUAGUCACUCUAAAGAUUGGCUACCCUUCUACAUCCACAGUGCCUGCAGAUUUAAAUCAAUUGAGAUGGUCCUAUAUAUUGUGAGAUUAGGUUGAUGGAGAGCUUUUGAAUGGCUUUAUUUUAAAUCUCUUGGUAUUUUUGUAUGGGUGGCUUUUUUAUGGCUUUAUUUUAACAAUCCGAACAGAACAAAAAGACCUAUUCGAUGUGUUCUGACGCGAGGAGAAGACAUGCAGAUUACGGCAGGUCGGCACCCAUUGGUUGGAAAGUACAAGGUGAAAUAAUCAUUUACAGAUAUCACCAUUGUUUUGGACUAAUGAAAAGCUAAUUUAAUUUUGACUUUGUCAAAACGACUGUCCAUCUUUCUUUUCAGGUGGGCUGUAUGGAUGAUGGCAAGAUUGUUGCUGCCGACCUCUCCUUCUAUACCAAUGCAGGCUGCACACCCGAUGAAUCUAUAUUGGUAUCAAAUAUUAUUUGCCUAGAACUACAUGUGUUUUUUUUUUCUUCCCUGUCACUUUUCCUCCUUAAUACUUUGUAUUUAUCUUUUAUUUUUCUUUCCUGUGUUUACCAUCCGCCUGACCCUAGGUUAAUGUGGAUAAUAAACUGUACUUUAUACAAGUUUUAUCUCAAAACACUCCAUUACAACGACUUCCAUUCACUGUUUUUAUUCCAUGUCUGAAUUUAAGGUAUUGGUGGUGGCUUUAGUAAAGCUGGAUAAUGGUUACAAUUUUCCCAACCUUAAUUGCCGUGCAUUGGCCUGCAAGACAAAUCUGCCAUCGAACACCGCUUUCCGAGGCUUUGGCUUUCCACAGACCGGUCUGGUGACAGAGACCAUAAUGGAUGCUGUAGCGACAAAGUGUGGUCUACCUUGUCAUAAAGUGAGACCCUGAGUUUAUCAUAUCUAACUUAUUUAAUUUAUUUUCCAUUGGCUUGUCUUAAAUUUUGCAUGUGGGAUUUAAAAAAAAUAAUAAUUUUUGUGGGUUUUCCUCCUCUUCAACAAAGUUAAUUGCACAAACAUUCACCUUCCUGUUAAAAAUGAAAACCUCUUUAUAUGCAUGGACUGAGACAUCCAGUAAUAGGCAGCUAGAGAUCUGUUUUGGUCUGGUGGUCUAAUCAGGGUCAGAGCUCAGUUAGCAGCUCUGCAGGGUUUACUGCAGGAGUGUCCAAAAAGGUAGAUCCCCAGAUGCUGUAGAACUACAACUUCUAUGAUGCCUUGCACGCCUUUAGAAUGACAAAGUAUCAUAGAAGCUGUAUUUUUUUUAAAUCUGGUGAUCUACCUUUUGGGCACCACUCGUUUUCUCAUCUAGAAUACCUUUUCCAAGCAGUUGGCUGCAGUCUGUUCCACAGAUUAAAUAUGUAAUCUAUUAACUAGUGCAAGGUUAGUUUCCUGGGUUUACGUACCAUAACGUUAAUUUGACUAAUUUCUGUAUCUUCCUGGCAACGCUCUAGGUUGUUUAAGCUUAGAUCAUCAAACACGGAAUCUAGUUUUGUUAAUAAACCUUGCAGCCUGCUUGCUUGUAAGGGGAAAAAUAUAGUGAUCUGUCUAUUGUGCAUUAGUUAAAGGACCACUCUAGGCACCCAGACCACUUCAGCUUAAUGAAGUGGUCUGGGUGCCAGGUCCUUCUAGGGUUAACCCAUUUUUUUAUAAACAUAGCAGUUUCAGAGAAACUGCUAUGUUUAUUAAUGGGUUAAGCCUUCCCCCUAAUCCUCUAGUGGCUGUCUCAUUGACAGCCACUAGAGGCGCUUGCGUGCUUCACCCUGUGAUUUUAACAGUGAGAACACACCAGCGUCCAUAGGAAAGCAUUGUAAAUGCUUUCCUAUGCGACCGGCUGAAUGCGCGCGCAGUUCUUGCUGCGCGUGCGCAUUCAGCCAACAGGGCGGAACGGAGGAGGAGAGAAGGAGGAGAGCUCUCCACCCAGCGCUGGAAAAAGGUGAGUUUUUACCCCUUUCCCCUUUCCAGAGCCGGGCAGGACAGGGACCCUGAGGGUGGGGGCACCCUCAGGGCACUAUAGUGCCAGGAAAACAAGUGUUUUCCUGGCACUAUAGUGGUCCUUUAAGCCUUAGUGUGAAUGUGACCCAGAUAAAAUUCUAAGUCACAAACAGAAUUUCAUUACGUUCUACAGGUAAUUUUUUUUUCAGGUUCUAGGUUCUUUGCUUCUAUUUUCAGGUUAGGGAGCAGAACAUGUACAGAGGUAUGAGCACGACCCAUUACAAUCAAGAGUUUGAUUCCAGCAACCUGAUGCGAUGUUGGGAGGAGUGCAUGAAGAAGUCGUCAUAUCAUGCUAGAAGAUCAGAAAUCCAGAAAUUUAACAAGGAAAAUUACUGGAAGAAGAAGGGCAUUGCCAUUAUCCCUCUCAAAUUUCCUGUGGGCUUUGUUGAGAAAGCAUUUCAUCAGGUUGGUAUUCAUUGGUUGCUACCCACUCACUAACCUAAUGUUCUCCCUUCAUUUCUAGCCAGGGUAUAAAGUUAAGAUGUAGUUAGUUAAGAUGUUUACCCACUAUUUAUCUAAAUUUUAAAGUAUCCACUCACCACAUUUCAACAUCUUGGUAAAGAAACCGUAGUAAAUAAUUUAUUGCAUUUUAUUGGCACAUACCUCUGAAAAGUGUGGUGGGUAUUUUUGUUUUUUGUUUUUUUAUUGCACUUUUCUUUCAUUCUUUUUUCCCUCCAGGCUGCUUCUUUGGUUCAUAUUUACCAGGAUGGAAAUGUUCUGAUCAGUCAUGGUGGAGUCGAACUGGGUCAAGGUUUGAACACAAAAGUAAUUCAGGUAGGACUCUACCUUAAUGUAGUCAUCUUAUAAUAGAUAUUCCAGUACUGGAUAUUGAAUAAAAUUGCAUACUUCCAGCCUAACAAAUUGUCAGCUGAUCAUAAUGAAUUUCUCAGAUGUUGUUUUUUUUUCCGUUUUUUUUUUCAUUUGUUAUGUCAUCUUAAAUUGGCAUAACUUUGGCAUUGAUUUUAAUAUUUUUAGAAAAGUUUUUUAAAUUAUAUUUAUAAAUACAAUUUUGUAUUUUUUCUAAAUAUUAAAAUGUAAAAAAUAUAGAAUAUAUAACUAUAUAAAAAAUAUGAGGGGCGGGGCCUAACUCAUGGAAGAGAUUCAUGUUUUGAGCGAGCUCCUCCAGUAGCUUGCAGUAAUUGGCUCUCUGCAACCUCAAUUGACUAGACUGGCACAAAGUGUGAAGGGUUUGCUUCCUGAACUAUCUGACAUAUGGUGACGCAGUCAGCGACUUCUCAGGCACUUACUCCAGUGCAGCAAAUAAAUAUACCCUGGUUGAAGAAAGGUGAAGUGCUACCUUUAAAGGCACACCUGCAUAUCAAGUGAGCCUUUCUUGUUAGGCUCCACUUCAUGUGAGUGUACCUAUUACAGAUGGACUUCCUGCACUACAGGUUUUUUUUCCCUAUUUAUUGUACAAAUACUGUGGGUUGUUUACACUGAAGUGCUUCUUUGCACAUUAUUAUUCCUGCACUUUUGAACUGGCAAAUAGUCGGUGUUUACUCACACUAAGAGUUAUAUUCUAGGGUGAUCUAUCAGUGAUUCCAGAGAGAGCUUAAUCUAUUGGAGAUAUGUAGCUAAAGGAAAAACGGUUCCAAUGACAAUCUCCUUAUAUCCAUCUCUAAACUGUGCCGUUUUUAAGUGAAUCUCUGUCAAAAGCAGCAUUAACCAAAAUAAAGAUCAUUCUAUUUGCCCAGCAACAUGUCCAUAUUUCACCUUCUACAGAGCUCCAUAAUGGCUGAUGUUGUCAUCACAGUGACAAUGAUUAUUUUGUAACUAUUUAAAUGACAUCUUUCACGAUUGGCUAUGAACAAAUUCUGAAACUCAAGCACCCUCUAGAGGGCCCAAAACUACAACUGUACUGUAAUCUGUUAUAUAAAUACCUUUUUAACAUAAAAUCCAAAAGCCAUUUUUCAAAGAUUAAAACCCAAAAUAACAACGGUUUGAUCUACUUGGCCCCCCCCCCCUCUUUCUUUCCUGUAUUCUACUCUGUGGUUGUGUCCUAUUUUCCUUGUACAGUCUUAGUGCACAAUAAUCCACUUUUCAUCAUAUUGCAGUUUCAGGUUACGAUCACCAAAUAUUUAUUUAAUUCGUAUGACAGGUUGCAAGCCGGGAAUUGAAGAUACCCCUGUCCUACAUAUAUAUCUGUGAAGCAAACGUUGCAUGUGUUCCAAAUUCCAUUCCGUCUGGGGGUAGCAUUGGAACAGAUGUGUAUGGUUUGGCUGUGAAGGUAAUAAAUCGUGCUCUAAUUUCUGUAAUGAUUGCUGGUUAAUGGAUUGAAAUUAUAAUCCCUAUAAAAUUGUGACCUAAUGAUGAAUAUAAAUUGUUUAUGGAAUAUUGAAUGUGAUACAUUUCCUUGAUCCUAGUUUAACCAAUAGCCAUUGACCUCAUUAGAAUGAGUGCGAUAAGUGUUUAGAAUACAUGUUCAGAGCAUCCUUUGAAGAAUCAGUGAUAAAUAUCUUUGAUUAAUUUCCUAAAUGAGCAUUUUCUUCUAGAAUGCUUGCGCGACACUUAUGAAAAGUUUGGAACCUGUCAUCAAAGAAAAUCCAGAAGGCAAAUGGGAGGACUGGGUAAUCUUUAUUCUGCUCUCCUUUAUCUUCCCCAUCCCACCAUUAAGGACCAUGGCAUAUGAUGUAAAGGGUUAACCCCCCGGUCCUUAAAAGGCUAACUUACCCUUGUUACGCCUUUGCUGUUCUGUAUUUGUUACACACCAGUCUGCAAUUGUACAAACUUAAGUGUACAAUCUAAUUUUACAUUUUAAUUCCAGGUUAUGCAAGCUUACUUGCAAAGAAUUAGUCUUUCAGCUACUGGAUUUUACAAGUAGGUUAUUUUUGAAUGGUUUUUCACUGGCUCUGGGGACAUGCCUUUACUGUGGAAACAAAUUAUAUAUUUUUUUUCUCCCCACCCCCAUUUUAGGGGUUAUGACACUUACAUGGAUUGGGACAAAGGAGAAGGUCACGCAGGGCCAUAUAAUAUAUUUGGAGCAGCAUGUUCUGAGAUUGAGUUAGACUGCCUGACCGGAGGACACAAGGUAAUUAAGAUUUAUUUAUUUCUACUAAUUGAGUAGUGACAACCAUUUUGUCAUAUGAAACCUUUUAAAGAUGCAUACAGUGAGGAAAUCAUGUUUAAAAAGCAGCCUUUGUAAUUAGAUUUCCUUAAAUAUGGGGGGAGAGGGAGUGAAAGUGCAUGACUUGCGCAGAACUCUGCAUUUAGUGCACUUAACGCUUUAAUUUCUUCAAUGAGAUUUGAAGUAUUGGAAUGGAAGUAAUGCUUGAUAUUCAUAGCUGACUUUCUUGUGACAAACCUGAUCAUUUUAUUAAUUUUUUCUGUUUACAAUUAUUUUUCUAUUUCAUUCUAGAACCUCCGUACAGAUAUUGUCAUGGAUUUUGGACAAAGCAUAAAUCCAGGAAUUGAUAUUGGUCAGGUUAGUGAGAUUAGUGUUUACCGUUUCUACAGAGAUCAGUCCCCAUAGACCAAUGAAGUAUUUCCUUGGCAUUGCAGUUUUUAAACUGUAUUUCUCUGAUGGGGUUAGAGUAGCAAUUUAUUGUACACAACCGUACUUGCAUAUUGUAUCCUAGUCUACAUCAAAGGUAAAAUAAGAGCAGUAAUCUGCACCAACGCGGUGAGUAAAUUUAAUUGAGUAAAUUUAAUUACUGUAGAAAAAUGUAUAUCUAGAAAUGGUUUUAUGUUAGUCUUUGGUACCAAAACUGCACCUUAUUGUACUCAUUAUGGCGAGUAAUGAAGGAUCCAUCCCAGCUUUCUGUCAAACCCCUUGACAAACUGACUCUCCUCACAUCCCGUAGCCAAUUCCUCUGCAAACAUUGUAAUACUGAAAUUGGACUUCAACAUUAUCAGUGGAAAUCCAUCUAACAUUGGGCAGAGUUAGUCUGUGAGUACUGGUUGUAAAUUAGCCCAGCUUUUAUGCUUUGUCCGAAAAUUGAGAUUCCUAGCACCAGAACCAAUGGCAAUUUUUUAUUUUUUUUUUUUUAAAUGUGUACUUGCCUUUUAGUAAAUUUGCACAAUUUCCUUGUAUUUUUAAUCUGCGCUUUUUAGAUUGAGUUGGUCUACUUGUAUACUUAUUAUAAGAAGAAAUAAAGCUGGAAUAGCUUAAUUUAGCUAUUUAGACAAAUUAUGAAAGCCUAUAUUUCAAAUGCUGACUGUGACAAAGGGAUUUAGCAGCUAUCGAAUGUUAAUCUCAUUAUGGAGGAUACUGGGCUCGACAUAUUUAACUUAAAUUGGUAGUCACCAAUGAACUUGUAGGGAUCAUGGAUAAACAAGGCUUCAAAGACUUCAUUCUGACUUGGCAUGUGGGUAUAGCGAUUCCCUAGAACAUUAUAUGGAAUAAGACCUAUAACAUUGUUUUAACCCCUUAAGGACCAAACUUUUGAAAUAAAAGGGAAUCUUGACAUAUCACACAUGUCAUGUGUCCUUAAGGGGUUAAUAUACUCGCCACACAUUUUGACUUUAAAUCUUUUUGGGUUCAGUAGUUAGUUUGCUCAAUCCCUGCUAUAAUGAAAAAUAGUUAAACAAAUCUAAUAUAGCCAUAACGAUUCCCAUCCAUAUGAAUCUAAUCUGUUAUCUAGAAUUCUUUACUUUGUUUACAUUAGGUCGAAGGUGCUUUUACUCAGGGGGUAGGACUCUAUACAAUGGAGCAGCUUCAUUAUUCACCUGAAGGUGUGUUGUACACACGAGGACCCGAUCAGUAUAAGAUACCAGCUGUUUGUGAUGUUCCCACUGAAUUUAAUGUGUCCUUACUGGCCGGUUCCCAAAACCCAUAUACAAUCUACUCAUCCAAGGUAAUGCAUCUCCAUAUAGACAUCUUUUCAAUGCAAAAUACAACUUUGUUCUCUGUAACAAAAGUAGACAAAUGCUGAUUUUUUUAUUUGGAUAUAUAUUUAUUUACACAUUUCAUAGGGUGUCGGGGAACCUGCCUUGUUUCUGGGGUGCUCUGUCUAUUUUGCAAUAAAAGAUGCAAUUGAUGCGGCUCGAGAGGAACGUGGAUUGACAAAGGAUUACACUCUAAGCAGCCCACUAGUCCAAGAGAAGGUUCGAAUGGCGUGUGCUGACCAUUUAACUAAAAUGGUAUGUGGAAGUUUAAUACAUUAACCUCUCAUUUUGUUAGUCAUGAACCUAUCCUGCACUUCCUGGAUUCCUGGGCAAUUAUUCUUCUUGGGUUUUGAAGCUUUUAGAAGUAGACACUAUCAACAGAACUGCCUCUGUACAAGCCAAAUAACUUUUUGGGUGACCAAAUUAAUAGUUCUCUCCUUAAAUAAAAAAUAAAUUAAAAAAGUUGAAGUAUAUUGGCCUAUUGAAAUCAAUGAUCUGCAUUACAUAUCAGAUUUCUGCACUCUGAGUUUCCUUAUUGGUUUGUCUUCUCAGAUCCCAAAAGAUGAGGCUGGAACCUUCACUCCAUGGUCUAUUGAUGUCUCGAGAUAGUGAAGACAGUCUGUACUCCUGGUCAUAUAUCUAAAACUGUGUACUCUGUUCCACUUUGGUAGAAAAGUAAGAGGUUUACUGUGUGUUCUGGUUAAGGAUUUGGGUGAUUAAAUACGGGAAUAAUGUUAAAAAAAUUUUUUUAUAAACCAUUUUGUUAUUUUAAGCAAAUAAAAUCUAUAUCCUAUAAACUCCAUGAAUGAUAUUUGCCUUCACUUUUCCCUCUGGAUGUGUAGUCCUCGAUAUACCCAAUACCUGUUGAGCUACAUGAUCUUUUUAUAACUGGACCACAUACAUAAUGUGAGAAAUAAAUAGUUCAAGAAUGUAAUGAGUUAUUCUUCAUAUGUAGGUGUUGUAGUUGAUCAAAUUGUGUUUGUACUAAAUGUGGGAAGAUGGCAAAUAAUCACAACAUCUCUACUUUACCAAGUUUAAAUCUGCAUUUUGGCCCAUUAGUGUAGGUGUAUGUGUAUCCCAAGCAUUAUUUUCUGCAUUUUAGCAUACUGAGGUUGAUACCAAAGGUCAAUAAUCUGGAACACUUACAGGAUUGGUUGUCUGACGCUUUAAACCUUGUACAGGGAUAUUGGUCCCAAUCUGGUUUAAAAUUCUCAGCAAUAAAAUGAAUGCACAAGAUUCCAUUUUAUUAUCAGAGUUAAAAAAUGUAGGUUACACUGUUACUGAACUGAUCUCAAUUUAUCCACACAGGUGCAUGGUUUUAUAAUAGUAAUAUACAAUAUAUAAAAUUGGUACAAAUACACCAGUGUGCAGGCAGAAAGCACACUUAGUGGGUAAUAGGUGAAGAUACACAAAAAUUACUCUUAUUUAGUGUAGUAGAUGAAAGGACUCCUCAUAUGUCCUCAAAACACUAUUAGUAUACUACCAAAAGGCAAUCUACAACACAAAAAUAAUAGAGACGGACAUAGAGUAGUAACGUAAUAUAAUGGGGAUUAUAGAGGUAAAUGAUUACACUCACAGACCCAGUUUGAUUGAAGGCAUAUCAUAAAUGACGAUGAACAAACUUCAGGACUUGAGGAACGUCAAUAGCAUGCAUAGGAGGAAGAAGAAAAAUAAUAGUGCAGAGUAUCUUAAAUAAGAAUCACACAAUUUAUUACAGGAUACACUUACAAAAAGGCAGUAUCAAAAAGGCACAUCAAGCUCUGCUGGAAAUGCAACACAAUAGCAGGAUCAAAUGAACAGGAAAGCCAGAUAAGAUAAACUUAAAAAAAUAUACAAAUGAAUACUCUGUACAUAAAACAGGCCCUACGCGUUUCGU